GAAUGGUUCGGCGGCGGUUAAAAGAAACGUUUGCGCGUGAGAAGAGGGAAAACCGAGCGGGCGGGAAACAGUAGUAAUAAUAAUAGUAGUAAUAAUAAUGGCUGCCGGUGUUGGGUCGCUGCUGAGAGAGUGCCCGCUCCUCCUGCCCCAGAACCGGGAGAAGAGCGUCUAUGAGGGCUUCGUCACCGCCCAGGUACUGAGACGCUGCACGCCCCCCCCCCCAACACACGGGAAAUGUUUAACGUGCAGCUUUACCUGAGAGUAAGGUCCCAUUUGACCUGAGGAGACAAGUGGCAGGGGUAGUGUGAACGACCUCGGGGCGGGGGGAAAGAGAGAGGGGGCUUACUCGCUACUUAUCUCCUCACAACCAUCCAUAGCUGCCAACUUUUCCCUUUUCUUGCGUGGAAUCCUAUUCGGAAUAAGGGAAUUUCCCUUAAAAAAAAGGGAACGUUGACAGCUAUGCAACAACCCCGCGAGGUUGGCCGGGAGGUUCGUGGCUGAGGGAGGAUUCGAACCCGCGUCUCUCGCGGCAUAGGGCGGAAGAGCAGGCUUCGUAACAGGCUGAAAAGGUGUGGGGAAGCAUUUCUCUGCCUCAGAGCCGCUGGUUUCUUCAGCUUGGUGGUCGCGGAUCCAAGGCAGGUCGCCAUGGAUUCCUGCCUUAGAAGAAUCACAGAAUUGGAAGGGGUAUCCGAGGGCCAUCUAGUCCUACCCCUUGCAGUGCAGGGUGGUGGCUCGCCUAGGGUUGGGCUAGAUGACCCCUGCGCCCCAUUUCCAGAUUUACAGUUCUGAUUCUGUGCAAAAGGAGCACCCCCCAGCUUGUAUGCCCAGGUACAAAGCGGGGCUCAAAAAGUUGAAGGUACCUGGAAUGUUCUGUGUUGUUAUUAUGGUUUAAUGACAUAGUUGCUUAUUAAAUUUAUCAGUCUUUUUUUGGGGGGAGGGGUUGCCGCAGCAGCUCAAAGCGACUUAAAAUAUCUUAAGGGAAUGCAUGCAAGACCAGCUCCCCCCCACCCCCGCCAAAAGCAUCUGAAUGCAAAUCAGAAAUAAUCAAAUAGCCUGAUCUGGUACAGUGGUACCUCGGGUUACAGACACUUCAGGUUACAGACUCUGCUAACCUGGAAGUAGUACCUCAGGUUAAGAACUUUGCUUCAGGAUGAGAACAGAAAUUGUGCUCCAGUGGCGCGGUGGCAGCAGGAGGCCCCAUUAGCUAAAGUGGUACCUCAGGUUGAGGACAGUUUCAGGUUAAGAACGGACCUCCAGAACGAAUUAAGUUCUUAACCCGAGGUACCACUGUAUAUGAUGGUAGUGUGGCAGCACCUUUGGAACUCCCUGCCUGUUGACAUUACGCAGGUACUACACUGCCUUCAGAAACCUUUUCUGUUUGGGCAGGACUGUACAGACACAUUAUUUGGUUACAUAUCUAUCUUUUUAAAUUUGUUUUAGAUGCUGUAUUGUUUUUUGUUGUUUUACCAGUUUUAGAAUGUUUUAAAUACGUUUUUAUUUCAUUUUAAAAUGCAUUUUUAUAACAGAUGUUUUUGCCACCCUAGGUUCCUUUGGGAGGAAGGUUGGGAUAUAACUUAAAUAAAUACAUAUAUUAGUACUACUACUAUGCCUUAUUAGUUGCAUCUCACAAUCCAGUUUAACAAACAAAUAUUAGUAACUUUCACAGUGUGGUAAUAAUAAUGAUGGGCUGGAUGGACAAGUAGGCUUCCUAUAACUAGAGCAGGAAAGAAGAGAGCUCUUGUUUAAUUUCCAAUUUAUUUAUUUGUUAUUGUUGUAGUUAUUUAUGCUCCACCUUUUGGGAAUGCAGAUCCAUUCCAGGCAGUUUACAAAUACAUUAAGCUACAUUUUAAAUAACCACAGUUAAUAAUGCUGUUGGUGUUAAAAUGUAGUCUUGCCUGCCAAAAGGGUGGUUACAGUUAAAAAGAACACACACACAGCGCAUGGAGAGAAAUGGAUACAAGUCUGAGGAUGCCAGAACAAAGAAGUGAGCUGCAAAAUAAGUUCUUUAACCACUUGCUGCCAGGCUGACCUUCCUGACCUUCCUGCUGCAACUGACCCAGUGGACCUUGACCCCCUGGCUGAUGUUGGAGGCUAGAGUAUGCUUCCUUUCUGUUCUGUAGUAUCAGGGCAACUGGAGCAGAGCCUUCUUCUGUAAGAAAGAUGCAACAGAAAGAGGUGGCAGAAUGGACUAUAUCUCUUCAAACUGCAUUAAAAUUGGGGUGAGCUUUGCAACUGAAUUCAGUAGGCACAGGAUUCCACCCUUAAAAUCAUUAAUGCACUGACAGCUGUAUUAUCUGAAACAGAACUUUCUUGAGAAAUUAUGUUUAAGCAGAGGAGUAGCUGGCUGCACACAAAGUGCUGUCGAAUGUACAAAGAGAAGAUAGGGAAAAAAGAAAGCAACACCCCUUCACCCCCAGUUAAAGCAGAGUUAUCAAAGCUAUUUUAUGUCUAGAAUUUACAACAUUUGCGUAUGGCACCAUAUUUUUCUGUAGGAGAUUUUCUUUUUAAAGGUGUUUUUUAAAGUACCUUUCAGUACUUUAAUGAAACACUGAAUCAUAGUUAUUUGACCUUUACAAAAGGUCAGAAUUACAUCUGCUUUUUAUUUUAUAAAAAAGGCCAUUUAAAUGUAAUAGAAGUGAGAGUUACAAUAUACUAUGAAGGUAAAGGUUAUGGGGUACAUUAAUUGUGUUUCUGUAUUCUUCAUUAUGACAGUUUCUUGAAAUGUCCGUUCCUUUGUACAAAUGCUGAAAAUAAUUAAUAACUCUGAUAACUGCUUCUAAACUUAGUUAAAAUACUUCCCUGAUCAGAGAUUUAUGAACUGUGUUGGGGAGACUUGACACCUUCAUUUGUUUCCCAAAUUUGGCCAAUAGCAUCCCUUAUUAUGAAACUUAAUUGAAAGAGUACAGUUACACCUUUAAGAUGAACUGAAAUUAUUUUACUGAAACAGCAUGAGCUUUUGUAGGCAAUUACCUACUUCAUCAGAUGCUAGAGUGGAACUGAUUAGAAAUUAGUCCUUAUUAGAAAGAAGAUCCUUUCUGCCCAUGACAUUUCACACUGCUUUAGCCAAGACAAAAUGUGUGCUCUGGGGAGUCCUGGUAACUUGCUAAAAAGUGAGUGCAAACUAUAGGCCCUGACCAAUGCAAGUCAUUAAAUUAUUAACCAACUUUAGUUGAUUUUCCAGUUAGAAUGUUAGACCACAUGGAACCACACAAGGUUCAAGAAAUGACAGAAUUUUGUAUAGCUAUUUCUAUGUAUGGACACUAUUCUGCCCUCUUGAGAGUGAAGAGAGGGAGGCAAAUACAUCAUCAGGGCCUCUGCCAGUCCCUCUGCCACAGGGCGAAGGAAUAUCACCUGCACUGUGAAAACGAAGAAGAGUGCUGGGAGAGGGAGUUUGUGGUGUUUUUUACCAUCUGCUGACCACUGGAUGGGAGAAUUGUAAGACUUCCUGACUGCCUUGUCAAAAACCCAGUGUAUCAAAUAAAUAAAUAAUAUUUGCAACCUACAAAUGCUCUAUUAUAGGUCAUUCAGUGGCCUACAGCUCUAGCACAUCAUAGGAAAAUUAGAACAAGAUCCUGCUUUAGCUUCCGUGCAAAUUAAUGUGUUUUCCCAUUUGUGGAAUAGUCUACAUGGAAUUCUAUAUAGUAAGAGUGAACUCAUUCUCCAUGAAUGGAUCCAAAUGUGGUCAAAAUGGUACUUCCUAUGUAUAAGAGGAAGGUGUCAGAAGACUUGAGGGAACCCCAUGGUAUGCAGACCUACAGAAAAGCUUCAGGGGGCAGGAAGAGAACCCCAAAACAGUCCAGUAAAGGCUAAGCAAAUGCAGAAUGGUGCUGAAAUAUAGCAUCCCAGAAGAGGGCAUGGCUGGCUGGCUGCAUCCUUGAACAGUGAGGAUUCUACAUGUAUUACUUGAGUGCCCAGCAUGGUUAACAUCCUAGGCAUGCGCCUUAACCCUUUGCAUCUUUCAGCUUCACUCCCCAGGUGGUUGUGAAAAGCGGGAGGGUUUCAUAAGCACGUCAGAAGAAGCAAAACUUGGUGUAUGCUAGCUGCCCUUGCUAAUAGAAAAACUUGCCUUCAGUGACUGGAAGGUGUAAGAAUGCUAAGUAACAACAUAAGGGAAGACCUUCCAGAAAGCUAACAGUAACUGCAAGCAUGCAUAUUGGUCAGCUCUAAUUGAAUUCAAUUUAACAACUGAAGAAGAAGCACAGUAGACUAGGAAAAAACUAGAGCAUGGGACUUUUUUCCUCCAGUUUUUCAAGUGAAAAACUGUGUAAAUUGGGGAAAACACUGAAAAAAUUAUGACCCCCUCCCAUUUGCAAUGAGUAAAAUGCCUUUUAAGAUUUUAGCCAGAAUGUAUAAUAUGAAGGUUUUUAUGUAAGUCAAUUUAACAUUAGAGAAUAAUAAUUUCCAUAUAUACUAUAGAUAUAUAUGUCAUUCAAACCAAUUACUAUUUCUGCACCUAAAGGGUGCUUCCAUUUUCAUGAGAGAGGCAAAAAUGUCCUUGAUUGCUUCUGAAGUGCUGUUUGUCUUUGGGCAACUUGGAUCUAAUUUAAGAUAUGCUGGAAGCAAGUGUCCUAUGUCUGUCCUUUUGACCUGACUUCUUUCUUGGAAAUGACCUUUUUACCUCUCCUCAAAUCCAUUGUGACAGGGCACCCUGCUACAUACAAGCAGCUCGUUGUCCUGCCUUGCUGGAGGAUAAAAUGGUCAGGAGGAACUGCAAACCUAUAUAUGUUUUUAUGGGAGUAAGUUCCAUUAAAGAGCAUGGGUCUUCUGAGUAAGCAUAUGUAGGAUUGCUCUGUAAAAGUGCAAUCCUAGUACUAUGUCUGCUACUUAAGUAUGAAGUAAGACAAACCUCAAGACAUCCAAGUUUUCUGUAAAUGUUAGUGUUUAUCAUUCAAAUUGCGGAAGAGCUAUAUACUCCUAGCCCAGAACUUCCAGGCAUCAGCAGCUUAAUCAAUUAAAUACUUCUCUUGUGCAAGCAUUCAUUUUAUAAAGGUAUAGGAUUUGCACCCUAAAUUGAAAGUUGAAAAUUAUGCAACUUGCAUAUAUUUCAGUUUCCACCAACAUUUCCAUAGUCCCCCAUUUUCAUUUGUUUCCCUCUAUGACUUCAACAUUUCCAGAAUUUUUACAUUUCUGGCAGUAUAGUUUCUCAUUCUGCUUGGCAAAUUAAGAAAUCUGGCUCCUGAUCCACAGUGUGGACAUCACUAUGUUGUAUUGUACAUGCUUGAGUUCUCAUCCUGUAAGAAUUCUGAAUAAUGCAAGCCACUUAAAAAGGGAAAGGGGGAAAGACACUCCUAUUGAUUUUAUGAGAAGUGAAGCAGACUUGCCUGAAUCACUUCAAUAUUAUAGAGAGAUAAAAGAAUGUGGGCUAUAUUAAGAUAUGGCCUUUCCACACAAUGAGAGGCAAAAUGUUUCCCAACCACAUCUCAUCCGUUGUAAGAUUUUUCUACAGUAUUCAAUCUGGCAAUGGAUUGAUGUCCCUUCAAUGUGAUGUGGGGCUCGGGAGGGAGAGUGAAUAACUGCUACUAUUUCUGUCUUCUGCCUUCACUUUAAAAAGAGUGUUAUCUUGUGCAACAUCCAAAGAAUUUAAGAUUUUUUAACCCCAAACUUUUAAAACCAUGGGGCAGUUAGGGUUAGGAAGUAAAUAAAAGUAGAUCACACAGUGGUGCAAAAAUCUGAAGUGUCUGUAAUACUUGCACACCUGCAUUUUCCACAUCAACCACUUAUUUAUAGACCGCUUAUAUGACAAAUUUCUAAGUAGUUUUGAACUAUAAAAAGUUUAAGAAAACCACUUAAAACCACAGUUAAAACUGUAAAAUCAGAAGUUCAAUUCAGUGGACUGCUUAUCUAAGCUGAUGGGGCCUCCUGUUUCAACAGGGAAGGCAUUCUAUUGCUGCCAACAGUGUUAUGGCAUGCCCUCCCUGUUGAAAUAUGAAAAAGCCUCCUUCUGUUACCUCAUGCUGAUAAUUGUCAGGCCACAGCAAAAUGAACCAAGUUCCAUUAGAUGAUUGUAGUGCCCUUACCAGUGAAGAGGAAGGCAGUUUUUCAGGUAAUCUGGUCCACGGUUAUUUAGGGCUUUAUAUGGAAGUAUCGCAAGCUUAAAAGUGGCUUGAUGGUUAUAGGCAACCAGAGCAGAUUCCUCAGCCCUGGUGUGACAUGUGCCUGAUAAAGAGCACCACUUAGCACCCAGGCUGCAGUAUUCUGCAUAAGCAGUAGCCUCUAGACCAACUGCCAAGGAAGCCUCACACAGAGCACAUUACAGUAGGCCAAACGUGAGGUUGCCAGUGCUUGUGUCACAGUGAUCAAGUUAUCCCUGUCUAGGAAAAGGUGCAGCUGAUGUAGCAGCUGAAACUGAUGAUAAGUGCUUUUUGCCACAGACCACUUGGCCAAAAAUAGUUCUAAGAGCAUCCUUGAGCUGCAUAUCUGGGUUUUUUUUCAGUGGGAGUGUCAGCCCAUCUAGGCUCUCCAAUUCUCCAAUCUGGAAACCACUUAACCACAGUGCUUCUGUCUUAGCAGGAUUCAGCUUCAGUCUGUUGACCCUCAUCCACUUCACCACUGCAUCCAGGCCCUAAUUCAGCUCAUUGCUUCCAGUUCUGAACCAAUAGCAAUGGGAAGUAAUGCAUGUUCCCAGAUAAAAAAUACUGCACUCUGAGUGCUUGGAAAAUAAAACAUCUCUACAACAAGAGCAUGGUUUUGAGAGAAGAUGGGUGAUAUAGUACAGAUAAUAAAUAGAUCAACAAACGUAACUUAAUUGUGUGGAAAGGCACUGAGAACGUCAUUAUAUUGUGUUGAAACCAUUCUACAAAUGGAAGGGCUUCUGUACUGUACAUGGAAAUACCGUAUUUUUCACCCUAUAGGACGCACCGUCCCAUAAGGUGCACCUAGUUUUUUGGGGGGGAAAUAAAGGGAAAAAAAUAUUCCCCCCCCCCCAGGCACGGGGCUGGGGAAGCACGAGCUUCCCCCGACCCCAGCCCCCAGAACAGGCAACUCUCCGCAAGCCGUGGGAGCCCACGGCAGGGCUCCCGCGGCUUGCAGAGAGGUGCGCGAAGUCAGCGCGCCCAGCCUUCGGCAUGCAGGCAACUCUCCGCAAGCAGCGGGAGCCCCCAGAACAGGCAACUCUCCGCAAGCCAUGGGAGCCCACGGCAGGGCUCCCGCGGCUUGCGGAGAGGUGCGCGAAGUCUGGGCGCACUGAGCUCAGCGCGCCCAGCCUUCGGCAUGCAGGCAACUCUCCGCAAGCCGUGGGAGCCCGGCGCGGGCUCCCACGGCUUGCGGAGAUCUGCGCGAAGCCUGGAGAGCGAGAGGGGUCGGUGCACACAGACCCCUCUCGCUCUCCAGGCUUCAGCGAAGGCCUGCAUUCGCCCCAUAGGACGCACACACAUUUCCCCUUCAUUUUUUUUUAAAUGAUGUUUAUUGAGAAUUUUAAAGUUACAAAGAAAGAAGAAAGAAAAGACAAGAGAGAGCGAAAAAGAGAGAAAGAGAUAGAUAAACAUAACAUUUAAACAAUACAGAUCAAUAAAAAUCGAAGUCAAAAAAAUUUAACAAAACACACAAUACAUCUAAAUCAAAAAACAAAGAUAAGCAAACAGUUAAAAGAAAAACAAAUCUAAUAUUCCCAAAUCCUUAACUUUCAUUAACUUAUUUCAACGACCUCCUCACACCUCCCUUUUUUGUAUUCUAGUUGUUAAUUAUCUCAGCAAAUCCUUUCCAUCUUUCACAAUAUUCUGUCAUUUAAAUUACCUUGAUCUAUUUUAACCUUAUCUUACCUAAAAAACCCUAAAACUUAAAACUUGAAACUUAUAUAUACCAAAUUCUUUUAACCAUAACAUAUUCUUUCAUAAUUCUUUUGGACAUUUCUGCUAAAGCCAAAUAAUUUCAUUCCAACAUUUUUCUAAUACUCAUUAAUUUUACAAUACUUUUCUAAAUAAAUUUUUAAACUUUCUUCCAAUCUUCAUCCAUCGUCUCUUCUUCCUGGUCUCGGGUUUUGUCAGUCCUUUCUCGUCUAUCUAAUCCAUCAACCUGGUGCUCUUAUGUCCGAGGCUCUUAAAUCUUUUCCAUGUCCCUUCUGCAGGUCUUCUUCUUGUUUAUACCUGCCCUUUACUUUAUCUUUUGUUGAUUUUUUUUUGUUUUCUUCCCUUUCUCAUUGGGGGUAGGUCUCGGAGGACUCCAAUCCAAAAGUAUCUCCAUCUCUCCUCAGCAGAUCAGUCCAUUCCCCACAGUCCCAUUCCCCACAGUCAACACUGUAAUCCAGAAAGUAUUUAAAAGCAUGUUUCAAAGUCUUUCCAAAAUUAAGAGCCCUCACAACUCCAGACCCCCCCGGUCCACUCCGGAUUCGAACUUCAAGAACAGCGGCUUAUACUCCUGCAAGGCUUCGGGUCUCUCCAUUUGUGUUAUUUGAGGUUCAACAACAACCUCCUCCAUUUUCUUCUGCCCUUGCGCUUGCCCUAUCAAAACAGAUUCCUGGGCUGGUUCCUCAAUAGUUUCUAUAUGGGUAUUUGCCGUUUGUCCAAAGUUUUUAACUGCAACAGUCAUCAAAUCCAUCUUCUCAUGCAUCUGCUCCAGCAAGGCACUUGUCUUGCAAAAAACAAGCACCAAGACUUCUUGUAAACACUUUUUUUCCCCCAAGGUUAGAGUCUGGUCUCACGAUCCUAAUCAUACAGCUGUGAGGUCCCCAGAUCAGCUCCGGCAACAAAUUAACAAGCUCCCUCUAGAGGAGACAAUUUCUAUUUGUAUCCAUCUUUUAAAAGCAGGACCAACAAGAAAAAGUUACUUUCACUUUUCAAAUACUUUGUUUCUUUUAAUUGCAAGAAGCAACAUUGGAAUCAAUAUCUCUCUUUUUUUUUUUUACUAUCUGUCAAAAGACGUUCCGUUCACAGUCGAUGAACUUUCCCCAUUAAUUUCUGUCUCUGACACCCCGUUCCCAGGUUUGAGACGGUGGAAAGUUUAUCUUUCUUUAUUCUCUCUCCUGCAGGCUUAAACAGUCAAAAAUCCCCUCUUUUCUCCUGCUUCCAAGAGGGGUUUUGGUGGUGAUGAAUGAAGGAAGUUUAAAACUUUAUAUACAACUUUCCAGACUUUAGCUUACAAAGUUUUUGCUUCAAUCUAUUUACAAAAAACGGGAGGCGGACUUCCUGUUUAGAACCUUCCCGUUUUGGUGCCAAAUUAAAAUAUUUCUUAGUACUUGAUCCAAUUUUCCAUUCUACUCACGGGUACUUGUUCAGAGUCCAAUUGUCCACAGGAAAAGGUCAGCGCUCUCCAGCAACAGCUGUGUGGCUUCACUCCGUAAAAGUAGCGGUUGAUUCAAAACACCGCGCCGCUCACCCCACGUCGCUUCGGACCCCCGAAAAAGGGGUUCCCUGCGAGUAGGGGAGGCGCUCCUGGUGUCAGCCGAAUCCCACGUUCCCAGGCUUCCUCCGCCUGGGAUUUUUAAGGGGUCUCCGCCUUCGCCGCGGUGGCAAGACCGAUUUUCACGGAGCGGGUUCCUCUCUGUCAGAGGAACUCCGCCAUUGCUGAUGGUGCUGUCCCGGAAGUCUCCAUUUCCCCUUCAUUUUUGGAGGGGAAAAAGUGCGUCCUAUGGGGCGAAAAAUACGGUAACUCCAAUCCAGCAGAGACUCCCUAAAGGAAGGGGAUGCUGCAAUUUUAGUGAUCCUUGUUCCUCUGCAUCACUUUCUACACUUGUUCUGGAAGGUAUACAACCUUCUGUUGCAGCUUUUAAUAUUGUAUGCUUAUUCUGGUUCUUACUAUGUUUCCCUCAUGACUUGGUGUUGGUCAAGUUGCUCCUGCUCCCUUGUACUGACCUCUUAUCCAUCUGUAGCCACAUUUUUUUUUGUAUUUGGCCAUAUUUUUUCUAUUAUUUCAUCGCCUAAGGCUUUGAGCUGUAAACUAUUAAAAAAAAAUAGUAAAAAAAAUAGGUCAAAGUCUACUUUUAAAAAAUUCUUAGAUAUGCCUUAGCAUUCCAGCUGUGGUAAGUUGAUAUAUUUGUAGAUAUUCUACCUAAUGAGAUGCUACUUUUCCAGGGCAGAGACUUUCACAUAAGGAUAUUGUUACCAUCGGAUCUUCAGUUGAAAAAUGCCAGGUAAGGUGCAUGAUUUUUUAAAAUAUAUUUUUGCUAUAUUGCAAGAUAACCUUUUCAUUUUUAAUAAUAUGCCUUCUGUGAGAAGUAGUGAUGGCUCUUACAGUUUGAAGAGAUUUCCAGAGUAUCAGCAAUUUUAGUUGUUAAAUGAUUGUUGCUAAUUAACUUUGACACCAGUAAGAUUUAGUGGAACCAGUCAAGAAAGAGCAUGGAAAAAUGUAGAAAAAUGAGCAAGUAGUUUCUGAUUCUGCAGACCAGGGAACAACCACAGAAGAAUGUAAAGUUGAAUUUGGUCUGAAAGUAAUCAUAUUGGGGUUAUACUUGGACAAUCAGCGACUGUUGCAAAGCUGAAAUGUCUUAAGUGAACUAGCCAAGGAAGUGGCAUUGUGGAUAUUCAGUAAAGUACUGAGGCUUCAGUUGGCACCAUCCCCAACCAUUGGGGGACAGAGAUGCAGUGGUGCACACACCUCCAGUGACAUAUGGCUCAUAACAUAUUCAGAUGGCAACUAUACUGACUUGCAUGUCAUGCAGAUCCCAAAUUAGGUGGGUUUGUGGUGACACAUGCAAAUGAGUGGGAUUUUGUAUAUAGAAAUUGUUUCACACCAACUGAUCAUCAUAAUCUGGGAGCUGCAGCAUGCUUAAAUUUAAAGUGGCUGUCAUACAUUUUGAACUGGUAUCCAUUAGAUCAGAGAUGUUACAGCUAGAGACAGGUGGGGGAGUGUGACGAUUACAAUUUUUCUCUUGAGGACACUCAGGUUUUGCAUCAUGCUUUGAUUGAAAAUCAUAUUCCGUGCAUUUCAGGCAGAAACUUGUGCCCAGCACAGCUUGACUGAUAAUUCUGUGUAUGAUUUUCCCUUCCCUUUACCUUGAGUAUGAGAUUUAUCUCACUUUCUUGAAUUAUGUGAGCUAUGUUUAUCAUGGUACGACUUGUUCAAUUCUCUUCAGUAGAAUAAUUUGGAUUACGUGGCUUUAUCCUGUAAAAAGGUUUACAAAUGAGUAAUUCUGUUUGGGGCAGGGAUCGAACAUGUGUGCAAGUAUUGUUUCCAUAGCUUUAACACCUGCAAAUGUGCAGGGGCAUACACCCUUCGCCUCCUGCAUUACUGUACACUCCUGUAUCAGAAAAGCCUUCUUACAAAAAAGUCAGUGAUUCUGAAGGUGAUUCCAGAGUGUGUGUGUGUAUACAUUUCUCUGGCUUUUACAUGGCUGAAUGUAGCCUACUGCGCAAAGGGUAAGAAUCUGUUACUCUCCACACUUUAGUUUCUGGAUCCACCCAUUACUGACAUGCCAUCCCGGAAGGUUGUCCUUAAGAGAAUGUGACCCUUGAGUUGCAAAAGGUUCCUCCCCUGUCCCCUUGUCAACUGUAGAUUAUGCUAAUAUCAUUUCAGUCUGUCUGAGGCUAUCCAGGCUGUAGAAAAUGUCAGAAAGCUAAUUUGGCUUGCAGAAAUGUGUUAAGGUCUGUGCUUAUGAAGUUAUUGAUAAAACACAAGAACCGCCCUCAGUUUCUUGUUUCAGCACCUAAAGCAUGCAUUUGCAUGCUCUGAAACGUGCAUUGUUCUUUGAGAUGCAAAGGUUGAAUGGAAUUUGUGCUUCAAUUCAAUGAAUAUAAUGGGAAUAAAAGCUGAUAGGAACGGUUGGUUACCCAGGUUAUGAGGAAGGUUAUGAACCCUUUAAGUGAAGCUGAAUGGUCAGUAAACACUGGCUCUGUUUCUCUUUUUUAAUUAUGCCUUCUUAGAUGUUUGCAAUAAAUGAAGCACUUACGCAUGUUUAUAUUAAAAUGCCGGUUUGAGAUACAGUACUGAAUUCUGUGCAAUCAGGCAACUCAAAGCUAUUGUAUCAGUUAAAGCUAUUGUCCGUGAACCACUUUAAGCAUGCAUACUUAUAUCUAAAUCUGUUUACAUCCAUUGAGUGUUAUAGGCCUAAUCUAGUUUAAGUACAUAUAUACCUGUUUAAAAGUUUUAUGGUUCAUAGUGUAUGAUAUAACUGAAUAUUACCAGCACAGUAUAGAAGUUUGAAACCAAAAUAAAGCUGCCAUUAGAAGAACUAUCAGUUGAGCACAUCCAAGAGCUGAACCUUGGAUGACAUCAACAGAGUGAAAAGGAUGAAGGGAGAGAACCAUGAAUCAUGGUGUUUCCGCCAGCAAGUGGGCAUUUCCAUGACUAUUAUACCAGUUCCUGGUUUCUGUGAUUAAUAUUUCUAUUUUAUUUUAUUUUAUUUUAUUAAGCUUGUUGCACUGUGAUAUUUUAAUGUUCAAUUUUUUUGUGAACCACCUUGGUAUUUAUAUUUGAGAUGAAAAACAGUAUAAUAGUACUGUGCAAGGUGCACACAAACAUCCAGAGCAGAGCUUUUCAAACUUUUAAUGUUGGUGUCACACGUUUUAGACAUGCAUCAUUUCGCGAUACAGUAAUUCAGUUUUACUAGCAAACCAGAGGUUAAACUAACCCCUUUCCAGCCCUGGGGGGAGGAGUGUUCACACAAUACAUCUACACGCUGCAGCUGCCAAACUAACAUGUCACGACACACAGUUUGGAAAGCUCUGCUCCAGAGAGUAGUGAAGAGAAGCAAAGCCACUAUCAGCUCCACUGUUAAACCAACUCAUUCCUCCAUCAGCUGUCAUCUGGCAGCAGCCAUUCCAUCAAACUCUAGCAAAGGGAAUGGUGGAAAGCAGGGCUAUUCUAUUGGCUGAGCAGUUACAUUUGACUUGUCCUUUCUAUAGGGAAAUGGUUGUGUCUGGCCCACUUUUUAUACAUACAAGAUUAAAUAUUUGUGCUUCUUUAAUUUUUAUAUUUCAAUUUUUAUAUUUAUAUAUGGAACUCUAUUUUAUUCUAUUUAUUAAAUUUAUAUACCGCCCUUCAUCCGAGGAUCACAGCACACUUGUUGAGGCCUUCAGAGGAAAGUUCCCUGACACCCUGAGGUGGAAUUCAUAUGUAUAAUGUGUGGUUUUGUAAUAAAUAAAUAAAUCAUGUCCUCCUGUCCCAUAUGCAAAACUCUCCUCAUCCUAUACCACCAUCGGUUUCAUUUGCACAGGCCUCCCAGUCAGUUUCUCCUUGCUGGCAGAGUUUUGGAAGCUUCGUUUGAACUUCUGCAAGAGUAACUGAGAAUUCCUCAACAUUCCCCUUUUCUACUGUCAUUCCCUUAGUAGCUUGACAAGCAAGAGAGUGACAUCAUCCAACAUGAGUGACAGAACCAACCACUCUGAUUACUCAGUGGGGAGAGCAUGAGAUGCUUAAUCUCAGGGUCUUGAAUUCAAGCCUCACCAUUGGGCAAAUGAUUCCUGCAUUCCUGGGGGUUGGACGAGAUGACCUUCAUGGUCCAUUCCAACUCUACAAUUCUAUGAAAACACAUGCUCUUUGAACUAUUUUUCAAGGCAGUUGUUACAAGAACUUUGUAACCGAGAACUUUUCUUGCUCUCUAAGUCCUUUUCCUUUUGUGUUGUAUCUUUUGGAUUGUACAGUGGCAUAGCAUGGGUUGCCAGUGCCCAGGACCAUGUGGAGGGGGGUAGGAGGGAGGGAAAUGGAUGGAGUACGCAUGCUCAUUCAACUGCCUAACCGCUUCCACAUCACCUAGGAGAUCACAGCUGCAGAAAUAAGAAAGAGUUUCGUUGUCUGGAGAGGUCACUUCAUGGUUCACAUGGAGAAGCCAUUUUCAACCGAGCCCAAUGAUGGAAGUGCAUAGCUGUAUUGAGGCAGCACUGGGUGUUGAAAUUUUGUGCCCCCUAACAAUUUUGUGCCCUGGGCAACUGCCCCUGUGACCAUCCCCCACACUAUGCCACUGCACCUGAGGUCAAGGGCUAUCUUAUUACAGUGGUACCUCGGGUUACAAACACGUCGGGUUACAAACACUUCAGGUUACAAACUCCGCUAACCCGGAAGUAGUACCUCAGGUUUAGAAGUUUGCCCCAGGAUGAUAAUAGAAAUUACAUGGCACAGCGGCAGCGGGGGGGGCCCAUUAGCUAAAGUGGUACCUCAGGUUAUGAACGGUUCUGGUUAAGAACAGACCUCUGGAACGAAUUAAGUACUUAACCUGAGGUACCACUGUAUAGCUAUUUCUUUGUAUGGACACUAUUCUGCCCUUUUGAGAAUGAAGGGAGGUACCACUGUAUUGAUCUUCUCAAGCUACUCAGAGCUUUUUGCUUGCUUACUUGCUUAAGAGCAGGGUUAAAGCUCUCAAAUAAAUAAAUUACAAAAAAGGCAAAUAGUUUCAGCGGAGACAAGAAAAAAGCAUUUUUGCCCCAGUAUUUUUUAAAAACUACGGAUUGUGGUUGGCGUAUAUAAUGUGACAAGCAGCCAUUUUAAACUUGAAUUAUAGUCCUUACCAAUGAAGCUAUUUAAUUAGAAUAACAUGAUGAUUGAUGCACGUUUUCCUGUCCUGACAGAUGUAGUCUUACUGAGGCAUGUUAUCAGUUCCUUAUAGCUACCAUAGAAACAUCUAUGCUUUGUAGUGGUGGGUGGGAUCGGGGAGGAGGUGUGGCAUCCAGUAGUGGAAAAAACAAUUGCACCUUUGAACAUGCUUCAUGAAGAUUGAUGUGACAUCAGUGCUGAUCACAUAGGAGCUUUAAGUAAGUAUGCUUUCAUACUUACUUAAUUAGAUAUUAUAAUUUAUUUGUUUGUGUUAUUUAUUCCAUUUCUGUGCUGCCUUCAUCUGAAAAUCACAGGACCGUUCACAAUAUAAAAGCACAAAAAUGCAUACUAUAAUAUAAGACAAUGUUUUUUGCUACAAUAAAAUGUAGUCCAAAAUUGGGGAUCGUCUUAUACACACAUGGUGAAUGCACAGGGGUUAAAAAUAACACUAGGAAAGCUUCUGCCAUGGGAGGUAUGCGCAGUUCCCUGUAAUCAUUGCUGCCUCCUUUCCUUCUUCCCCAGCCGCACACAGUGCUCUUUCUCAUGCGUGCACACACGGGCACAGGUCUUUGAGCUGCACCACAAAAAGAGCAAGGUAUAGGGUGGCAACUGGAGCCCUGUGGCUGUGCCAAAAACUCUGUAAGGGAAGUGCAUCCCGGGCCUGCUCCACCCCUUUGUUUGGCAUGUAGCAUCGUUGCCCUGGAGAAAGCCAAGAAAAGCUCAACAGGGUGACCCACCCACCCAGGAGCUGAGCAACUUCUAAAUUUCUAAAUUUGGGGUUCAAAAAAUAGGGGGCAUCUUAUACAUGGAAAAAUACAGGUACUUCCCUCUGAAGAUGAAUAUUGAUUUUCAUAAACUGAAUGUUUUUUCUUUUCUUUUUUAUUGUUCAGGAUUUAGAAUGACUAACAGCACUUUCAGUUUUAUGGAGACUGGUUUUCUUCAUGUUUUGUUGUAAUUAUGCUAAGUUUUGCAACCUUGUGAUCAGAGAGUCAGAUUUGGAAAUUACCUCCACCAAGUACAGUGGUACCUCGGAUUAAGAUCUUAAUUCGUUCUGGAGGUCUGUUCUUAACCUGAAACUGUUCUUAACCUGAAGCUCCACUUUAGCUAAUGGGGCUUCCUGCUGCCGCUGCGAUGCCGCUGCACGAUUUCUGUUCUCAUCCUGAAGCAAAGUUCUUAAUCCAAGGUACUAUUUCUGGGUUAGCCGAGUCUGUAACCUGAAGCGUCUGUAACCUGAAAUACCACUGUACUUUGAUUCUAAUACUAUCCACUCUUUUGAAGCUUAAUAGAGGAAAGUGAAGCUUAAUAAUAAAAAAAAGUGUUAGCUAAUUGAAAGUUUAAAAAUCUGUUACAGUUUGUUAUAUUUCAUACUUCAGUUACUGUCAGGGAACUUACAUCGGAGCCAGAGACGGAGGCUAGGCUCUCAAGCGAUGCUGGAGAAGGGCCCAGCAGGGAGAGAGGCAGCUCACCAGCUGGGGAAGGAAAUCAGCGUAACACCAGCGAUAAAGGGGGGCAGAUGGGGGAAUCGGUGAGGGGGCUCCAGGACUCCUCGCCGGAGACCAGCGAGGAGAGCAUGGGUCCUCUGCUACCCACACCCUCCCUGCGCAGAAGACUUCCGCGCAGGGAGAGUAGGAGGAGACUUGGGGUCAAACAGCUUUUAUGCUGGAAAAGGUUUAAGAAACGCCCACUGACGGAUGCUGCUAGCGACUGAACAGCCACGAAGUGAAGGGCUGUCCAGACAGAAAAGGUUUAACAAGGCAACCUAGCCAGGAGUGGCGGCAACUUACGCACAAGCAACCCCUAUAUUUAUUACAGUUACCAUGCACCUUAAUAAAGUGCAUUGAAAAUAGCAUUUCCUAUGGGAUAAUACAGCUCUCUGUUUCAGAAAAUAUUAGGCAUUUUUAUAGAGCACAUUUGGUAAACAUAUACAUUUGAAAUUCAUGUGUUAUGGUAGAUGACAUAACAUACAAGAAACUAAAAUUUCUUAAAAUAAAGGAUAUGUUAUUGUGUGUGUUAUAGUUUCCUUUCCAUGUACACAAAACUACCAGAAAGCACCCAUUUUAAUGUUAGUCUUCUAAUUUACUUCAUAUGGAUUAUUUUAUAUUUUGUAGGAUACAGUGUAGCUGGUAUUUGAAAAAGUUGUUGGAUGGAUACCAGCAAAUUCUAAAACAGGUAUGUUUGUGAAACGUGUUGCUGAAUUUACUGAAUUCCAGUAGCUAGUGAUGUUAUAAAUACUUGAGAAGGCCUGUAGCCUACAAUCCAUUUGCUUGUAAGUAUAUAUUUAAAGCGACUUUGUUGUCUUCUGUAGAAAUGCUUCAAAGUAAAUUAAUUUUCAGAUCACAUCAAAAUUGAGUCUGCUUAUGACCCUGACCCUGAGUAGGGGAAGCUGAAUCCCACAAUGAAGUCUUAUGGAGUGCUCUUCCUAUUAGAUAGGGAGAAGAAUGUGCUCCAAGUUUGGUUGACUGAUAGUCUUUCUUUAAGAGCUCUGGCAUUCUGACUUCUGAGGAUGAUGGGAGGACAAUGUGGGAACAAAGUCAUGGUCAUGUAGUCAUCUGCUUCACUAAAGGUUUUCUACAAUAGGAGGAAGGGCUGUAGCUCAGUGGUAGAGCCUAUGCUUUGCACACAGAAGGUCCUAGGCAUCUCCUGGUAGGGCUGGAAGAAGACUCCUCUGAAAUCUUGGAGAGCCACAGCCAGACAAUACUGAGCUGACUUGGUACAAGGCAUGUUUCUAUGUUGAGUGAGAGACUUUCUUGGAAAUCCUUCAGAAGAGAUUUGGGAGUUUGUGUGUAGAGAUGAUAUUUUUCUCGAAAUGUUGAAGCCAUGGGGUCAUUUUUUAUUUCUCACUUGCUGAGAAAUGGAGUCCUGUCUAGCUUUAAUGGUAUCACUCAUAUGCUAUAUGAUUAAAAAAAAUAAUAUUAGCACAAAGCAUUACAUGAAAUAAUUAAUAAAAGAAAUGUGUUUUUCAGCGGUUGCAGCACUCUUCAGAUCUAGUCAGUUUCAUGGUGGAGUUGAAGACUGUUUUGGUGAGGAACUAUAUUACAGAGGAUUAGUGAUCCUAAUUUGUCUCCUUACUGUUUAUUUUACUUACUUGUAUAAGAAGCAAGAUACCCUAUUUGCUAAUCUUCCAUAGCAGUUGCAGUUUUUCAUAUGAUCUUUCUGGAAUUGUGUUGGAUCUGCAAUGUAAUGGCCAAUACUAUUGCUUAUGUAACCUCUUUUUACAAGUUACAGUGGUGCCUCGCAAGACGAAAUUAAUUCGUUCCGCGAGUUUUUUCGUCUAGCGAAUUUUUCGUCUUGCGAAGCACGGUUUCCCAUAGGAAUGCAUUGAAAUUCAAUUAAUGCGUUCCUAUGGUCAAAAAAAGUCCAAUCAAAGCCAAAUUUGGUACAACAAGAGUUUAUUAACUGCUCUUUAAAGUCACACAUACUUUAAAGAGCAUAUCAAAAAUUGAAGGAACAAUAAAUUAAGUUUCUAAACAUGACAGGAAAAACAUUUAAAAAUCAAAAAGGGUACAUUACAUUUUCUAAGACUCUGGGGGACCACUCGAAGAAGGUUCCUCUUCCACUCUUUGCUUCUUGCUGAGGAACCUGUCCAUGGUCUGCUGCUUCAUCCGCCUUUUCAGCAGCUCCCUGAGAGGCAACAUGACCGUCGUAUCAAAAGUGUUCGCUUGGUCAUGUGCCACGUGCUUGAUAGGGUGGUGCCGCUCUGCAAAAGCCUGCACCUCCUUCCACUUCUGGCAAAUGUCCCUCAGUUCUUUGGAGGACGGCCGUUCCUCAGUUGCUUCCUCCUCUUCCAGCGAGGCCUGCUCCUGCGCAACCUCUGACUGCAGUUCAACCAGCUCCUGGGUGGUCAGCUCGUGGUCGUGCUCCUCCACCAGCUCGCAGACGUCCUCCUCUGUGACCUCCAGGCCCAUGGUCCUCCCUAAGGCAACAAUGUCCUGCACCACUGUUGACUCUGGUGCAUCAGAGUCACUUGGUGCCACACAGUCCGGCCACAGGCUGCGCCAAGCGCAAUUCAAAUUUCUCUGGCUGAUCCCGUUCCAGGCCGUGGUGAUCAUCUUCAAGCAGGUGACGAUGUCGAAGUGGUCCUUCCAGAAUUCCCGCAGGGUGAUGGUGGUGCAAUCAGUCACCUCGAAGCAUCGCCUGAAAAGCUCCUUGGUGUAGAGUUUCUUGAAAUUGGCGAUGACCUGCUGAUCCAUCGGCUGGAGCAGUGGCGUGGUGUUAGGCGGCAGGAACAUGAUGUUGAUGAAGCUGAACUCCUCCAACAAGUCCACCUCAAGGCCUUUAGGAUGAGCAGGAGCAUUGUCCAUCAGAAGCAAAGCCUUCAGCGGCAGGUCGUUGUCCAGCAGGUACUGUUUGACAGCAGGGCCAAAGGCAAGAUUGACCCAGUCCACAAACAGCACACGUGUGACCCAAGCCUUGCUGUUGGAUCGCCACAUGACACUCAGCCGCUCCUUGUCGACCUUGUGUUUCUUGAAGGCCCGUGGGUUCUCCGAGUGGUACACCAGCAGGGGCUUGAUCUUCAGGUCGCCGCUUGCGUUGGCACAGAAGAGCAGGGUCAGACGGUCCUUCAUGGGCUUGUGGCCAGGCAACUUGGCCUCCUCCUGUGUGAGGAAAGUCCUUUUGGGCAUCCUCUUCCAAAACAGCCCGGUCUCGUCGCAGUUGAAGACCUGCUGUGGAACGUAGCCCUCCGUCUUCACAACCUCCAGGAACUCCAAGGCAAAGUCUUCAGCCGCAGGAACAUCAGAACUGGCAGCCUCUCCAUGCCUGACCACGCUGUGGAUUCCAGAUCUUGCCUUGAACCGGUCAAACCAGCCUCUGCUUGCCUUGAAGACUUCUGGCUCGGCCUGAGGUUCCUGGCUGUUCCCGGAUGAGGUCUGCGUGCAAGGCCUUGGCCUUCUCACAAAUGACGGCCUCAGUCACUGUGUCCCCUGCACGCUGCUUCUCUUCUAACCAGAUGAGCAGCAACUUCUCGACCUCCUCCAGAACAGCUGGGCGGUUCUUCACGAUCCUGGUGACUCCCUUGGCUGCAUCAGUCGCAAGGAUCUUCUCCCUCAUCUUCAGGAUGGUCCCGAUGGUCGAUGGGUUCCUGCCGUACUCCCUGGCGAGGUCCGUCACACGCAUUCCACCGUCGUGCUUCCGGAUGAUCUCCUUCUUCAUCUCCAGCGUCACCUUCUCCUUCUUCCUCUCGCCGGCCUCCGCAGCAGCAGCAGUCUUCUUGGGUCCCAUGGCAGCACAGCUGUUACCUUUGUAAACUCAGAAAAAGAAAAAAAAUCAGCAAUUCAAACCCAGAACCAAGUCCUUGAAUUCCAAACACCCAACCCAAAAUCCAAAACCCCCAAAAAGUUUUAAAAGUUUAACUUACGAAAUGGCUGCAAAUCACCAAAGUCUUCAAAAUCCUCAAAUGGCUGCAAAAGAAGUUUUGGGAAAGCUUUAAAAAUCACCAAAGUCUUCAAAAACCUCAACUGUUCCCCCCAGCCCCUCCCCAACUGUUGCAAACCCCUCCCCAACUGUUGCAAACCCCUCCUCAACUGUUCCCCCAGCCACCCAGCACACAGAAAUUCAAAAACCCAGAAAUUUUUUUCAAAAAACAACAACAUGGCCCAAUGGUCACAGAAAACCAUAAAAAUUCAAAAAAAACCACACAAGCUCCCAGAUUCCUGCAAACCCCUCCCCAGCUGUUCCCCCAUCCACCCAGCACACAGAAAUUCAAAACCCAGAAAUUUUUUCAAAAAAAAACAACAUGGCCCAAUGGUCACAGAAAACCAUAAAAAUUCAAAAAAAACCCACACAAGCUCCCAGAUUCUUGCAAACCCCUCCCCAGCUGUUCCCCCAUCCACCCAGCACACAGAAAUUCAGAAAUUCAAAACCCAGAUUUUUUUUUUUAAAAAAUAAACAUGGCCCAAUGGUCACAGAAAAUCAUAAAAAUGCAGAAAAAAGACACACAAGCUCCCAGAUUCUUGCAAACCCCUCCCCAGCUGUUCCCCCAUCCACCCAGCACACAGAAAUUCAAAAAUUCAAAGCCAGAUUUUUUUUUUUAAAAAAAAUAAACAUGGCCCAAUGGUCACAGAAAAUCAUAAAAAUGCAGAAAAAAACCACACAAGCUCCCAGAUUCUUGCAAACCUCUCCCCAACACCAAGUCCUUGAAUUCUAAACACCCCAACCCAAAAUCCAAAAAACCCAAAAAAAGUUUCAAAAGUUUAACUUACCAAACAGCUGCAGAAGAAGUUUUGGAAAAGCUUCAAAAAUCCAGCAAACUCUUUAAAAAGCUCAGAAAGGCCACCACACCGCGUGCAAUGUGUUGCUCCUCGAGGUCAAGUCGCAACUGCACCUCUUCCAGCAAUGCACCCUGGGUUUUAACGGUUUUACGAACAAGGAAACAAACUUGCAAGACGUUUUCGUCUUGCGAAGCAAGCCCAUAGGGACAUUCGUCUUGCGAAGCAACUCGAAAACGAAAAAACCUUUCGUCUUGCGAGUUUUUCGUCUUGCGAGGCGUUCGUCUUGCGGGGCACCACUGUGCUAGUUAGAAACUAGGCUAUGAUUUUCCAAAUGCAACUGUUUUAAGAUACUCCUUUUCAAAUGUAGCCUUUUAUUAGCUUUGUAUUAUAUUAUGUCAUGUUACAAAUGCCACGAAGUAAACCCAUGAGAGGGAGCAGUGGGGAUGAGUGUGCUGAUUUUAUCUCCUUAGUUAUUUUUGUUUUUCCGCUUUUAAAAAUUGAUUUGUCAUAAAGAUUUGUACAAACUAACACAUAACUAUGUAAACCACCGCCCAGAGUGGCUGGGAAAGCCCAGCCAGAUGGGCGGGGUAUAAAUAAUAAAUUAUUAUUAUUAUUAUUAUUAUUAUUAUAAAAAACAAUAGUAGAACCAUACAUGGAGCAUACAGUGGUACCUUGGGUUAAGAACUUAAUUCGUUCUGGAGGUCUGUUCUUAACCUGAAAUUGUUCUUAACUUGAGGUACCACUUUAGCUAAUGGGACCUCCUGCUGCUGCAGCACCACCACCGCACGAUUUCUGUUCUCAUCCUGAAGCAAAGUUCUUAACCCAAGGUACUAUUUCUGGGUUAGCCGAGUCUGUAACCAGAAGCGUAUGCAACGUGAAGUGUAUGUAACUUGAAGCGUCUGUAACCUGAGGUAGCACUGUAUUCAGUAUAAAAAUCUAAUUACAGAGAUGCAGUUACAUAUAAAGGUAAAAGGACCCCUGACCAUUAGGUCCAGUCGUGGCUGACUCUGGGGUUGCGGCCCUCAUCUCGCUUUACUGGCUGAGGGAGCCAGCGUACAGCUUCCGGGUCAUGUGGCUAGCAUGACUGAGCCACUUCUGGCGAACCAAAGCAACACACGGAAACGCCAUUUACCUUCCCACUGGAGUGGUACCUAUUUAUCUACUUGCACUUUGAUGUGCUUUUGAAUUGCUAGGUUGGCAGGAGCAGUUACAUACAUAGUAGCACAAAUUUUAAGAAGGGUCUCUAGACCCCAACCACAAUGAUGAGUGACUCAUGGGAGGAAUGCUUCUAUGACUCUCUCUAUUUAUAUAAUUUAUUUAAAAAAGUGAGAACCAGUCCGCAUCAAAAUUGACUGAUUUCACUUUGCCCUGGACUAUUUGUCUAUGUCUAACUCAACACUCAGUUAAAACAAUGUUCCAUACAUUUGCAAACCUCUUUGUUGUUUUCAUUACCUUCAAAUUUGUGGAAGAUGGCUGUUUGAAGCAGAGAGCCUUUUUUGAUUUGUGGAGACUCAUACAUUUUGGAACCUUCUAAACAGAGUGGAAAAACAAUGACAGAGGAGGCAGAGCUAGUGUGGUCAUCCCCAUUGUGCCCAUCAUGUGUUUAUUUCUUGGAUUGGUAACCCCUGCAUAGCGCUUGUUUGAAUAGGCAGAAUCUACCUUAUCUGAAUAUCUUUCAGACUCGAAGGGAGGAAAACGGUUACCUCUUAACUUCAUUGCUGGCCAUAAAGGAGGAAUAUGAGGCAAUGUGCAUCCAUUAAUUUACCUGCCUAUUUAAGUUCUUGGGUAUGUCAUGUGCAGCACAGUAUUACUAGUGUAAGAAUAUCUCUUUAUUGCCUAUAUAUCCAUCAUAAAGGUGAUUCCUGAGCUAAAAAAUGAGAGGCAUGCUUUAUUUUGUUCUGAUUUUACCAUGGCCAUGGUUUCUGAUUUAUACCUUUGCCAAGCAGAAAUGGAAUAGGAACCGACCAUUGCAAGGUGAAAUCCAGUUGCAACUUCAAAAGAACCACAGUUUCAUUCCUUUGAAAAUGUUAAAUUUCAGAACCUGGGGAUUUGGAUAUUUUGGAGAAACCUGAGCUAUUUUCAGCUGGAUCUAAAGAGGCUCUCUAUGACACUGGUGUUUUUUUAAAGUACAAUUGAAAGUACAUACACACUUUAUUUGAACUUGCUUUUCUUUAAAUAUUUUUCCUGUUUGCUGAUAAUGUUUAGUGCUGAGGGCAUUUUUAGACUGUAAUUUUUAACACAGUGAAUGUGCAGCAGUUAUACACUUGUUGCAGAAGAUCCAGAUUCUUCUUGAGUAGCAUAUCAUAUUUUUCCAGCACUCAGGCAACAAUAUUUUGUUGCAGGUUAAAUGAUACGCUUUUGUGCAUUUCUUCUGCAAAUGCUGUGUGAAAUGAUACUGCUACAUGAGGGCACCUCUUGGAUAGUGCUUCUGACUGUCUACUGAUGAGCAGCAUAAUUCCCUUCAUAUCUGCACUAUUUUAUGACUUCUUAUAAUUUCUUUUAGAGGUUGAUUGCUCUCUCAUUGUGCCACUCAAGUGCGUACGUGCCCAUGUAACCCUUUUAAAAAGAAAACUGCAGACACCAGCAAGGAUUUCAUGUCUUCUUUCCCUCUCCCUGCAAAAAUUCUACCAUUUCAUGAUUUUUCUUCUUCUCUUUUUUACCCUAAGAGUGUGUCCUCCCCUUCCUGAGCUCUGGAGCACACAGAUCUUUUUUAUUUUUCUGUUUCAAAAAGACAAAAACCACAGCUAACCCAUGCAGCAAGGCUAUCAUUUGCAAUCCAUUUGGUGUGGACAGUUUGUUGUUCUGCUGCCAGUAGAUUGUGGCAAGGUGAAAGGCUGAGAUUUAUCACCUGAUAAGCUCUUAGAACUUGUAGUUGGAAAUAAAGUUGGAAACUGUCAUGAUGUUUCUAUCAUACUACUCUUCAUUUUUUAGGAUGCCUCAUAUUAAACUUUCUGAUAGCUCUGAGCUUCAUUUUCUGAAUCAUACUGGAGUAUAUUUCCAGAAGGAACUUGGUCAGUGGUUGUGAAUUUUUUUAACAGGCAGUUCCACUAGACAUAGGUUUUAUGUAUCCCUUUCUCUUCACGGUGUCCUUCUAGUCAGAGUGUUUGAGUGUUCCCAUUUUUUUUAAAUCUCUGAGGCAUGCUUCAAAUUUGUAUUCAUAUAUGCAUUGACAAUGCCUGAUUAAAAAUGCGGAGAGAUUUCUACCAGAGGGUUCAAAAGCAGUUUAAUGGACCCAACCUUUAUUAGUAUGAGGACCCCCUUUUAACCUCAAAAAAAAUAAAUAAAAAUAAAAAUGCAAACCCCAUCAUUCCAAUUGUUGCAAUUUUAGGCUUCAUUAAUUGAGAAAAUACAUAAUGACAAAAAAACUAUUAUGAAUUUAAUAUGGUAUAAAACCAAUGUAGAUCUACGCAGAAGUCAGCGCACACUGAGCUGUCAAAUGAGCAAUUAUGAUAUGGUGCUAUCUUGUACAUGUCUACUCAGAAGCAACUCACAGUGAGUUCACUUAUUCCAAAGUGUACAGAACUGAAGCCUCAAUGCCCAGACUUUCCUUUAUUUACUGUUAAGGCACACACUUCUUUCUUGUUAAAAGGAGAAAGGAUAUGCUAUCUUGGUUCUUCCUUUUUCCUUUGAUUAAGGAAUGAGACAGAGAAGAUUGUCAUUCUCCAACUCCUCCUAUACUUUUCUUUCCUUAGUUUCCAUCUCUGUUCUCACUCCUUGAAUGCUUAGAAUCUGGCCAUUUUUAUGUACAGUGGUACCUUGGUUCCCGAAAGGCUUAGUUGUCGAACAAAUCAGCUCCUGAACGCCGCAAACCCGGAAGUAACUGUUCCAGUUUGCAAACGUUUUUCGGAAGCCAAAUGUCCGACUCAGCUUCUGUGGCUUCUGAUUGAGUGCAGGAAGCUCCUGCAGCCAAUCAGAAGCCACGCCUUGGUUUUCGAAUGGUUUCGGGAGUCAAAUAGACUCCCAGAAUGGAUUAAGUUUGAGAACCAAGGUACCACUGUAUAGGGAAUAAUAUGUAAACUUCAGAAGACAAAAUUUGUGUCCUGGUCCCAACCACAUGUUUUGUGGAAACGGAAGGCACAAAGAAUGAGCAAAAGAGAGCAAAUUGGGUAGUAACAAAAUUUGGGUGAGAAGAAAGAAACGGGGUUCCUAGACUUUGGGUGCAAAGAGUACAAGAGUUAUUGGGAGAAAAGGGGAGGCUGAUGGGGGGAAAUAGUUUUAUUCUGGAGAGGCUGUCCAAGCAGAGUCUGUUCCUCAGUGCUCCUGGAGCAAGCCCUGUGGGAGUUGUGGUGUCAGCUGCUACUACGGGUCUGUCCUCCGUGAGGUCCUUGGAAUCCACUCCUGGCAUACCUGAGCAACCAGGCUAAGCCAUGAGCUGAGCACUGGAGAAGCAGGAAGGGACCAGCUCUGUGGUGCUGACAAGGCCCUGCCAGCAAGGCUUGAGGUGCAGAGGAAUCAAACUCUAGCAAGUAAGUGUCCAUAGCCUUCACACACUUACCUCAGUGUAAGUUCCAUCGAAUACACCGAAACUUCUGAGUAAAUGUGCAUAAGAUUUCAUCCAUAAGCCUUGCUGAAAACAAGGAAACUCAUUUUAAUUAUGAGUGUCUUUUGAAUAGACAUAUAGAUUUGCAUUGUUAGCCAUGACUAACCUUAGCUGGAUUGGGAUUCAUCUGAAUGUAUACAAUCGGAAUAUAUAUAUUUCUAAGUUGUUUAACACUUUACAAACGUAUAAGAUGCUAUAUUUUUCAACAGGAAGUUGCUUUGAAAAACACACAAGAAGUUCAUGCGCCUCCAUCUCCACACUAUUACUCUGGUGUCAUCGGAGAUAUAGAAACUUUGGGAUGGAAUAAGUAUGCCAUGUUUAAUAAUUGUGAUCUUGAAUAAACUGUUUAGGAAAUUUAACAUGCUUGUUCCUGAAGAAAUAGUAUUUUCAGGUUUCACUCUGAUGGAUUAAAUACAACUUGCGUUUAAAUAGCUUUUGGUAUUGUAACUAUCCUUUAAUUAAGUUCUUAACAUAGAUUUUUUAAAAGGUCUUAAGAGGAACCUACAGGUCAAAUCUUGUUUACAAUUGAAAGUCUUUUCCACAGAGUUUAUGUAGUAUGUAAUUGGGAUUCCCCUCAGGGCAGUUAGGGUAACUAGUCUUUUACUCCAUUCUUUUUUUGCUGGUUUAAGAAAGGACAAAUUGAGAAAGUCAGAGCUUUACUCUUGUUUUCCCUUUCCCCUGAUUAUUAUAGGGUAGACAGAGGUAGGGGAUCUUCCAGAAUAACAGAUGCAAAACGCUAUCCUAGUUACACAGGAGUACUCACUUCAUUCUUGGAGGAGGUACAUCAAGCCAUGCCCUGAUAGAAGCUACAAGGCUUUGUCUUCCUGCCUGUAUCAAUUGGCUGGGGAAGGGUGGCAACCUCCAAAGCAGCUCUGUGGAACCACAAAGGUAGUGAGUGGGUAGCAAAAUGCACAUAGGAGAAAACAAGGGGGUAAGCUCUGGAGCUUCAAAUCCUUCUGUACAAGUAACAUUUCUUAAUGCCCUCCCAUGGACAGAAAUCACUUGUCUCAAACCUGGCUGACAUAGAGAAAAACAACUCAUGGUACAGAGCCCCCACAGAAUCCCACCCUUCACACACCCCUCUUCAUUUGCUAUUGCAGAGAUCUGCACCUUGAAUCCUUAUCUGGAACCAUGGGGUAAUAGUUAUGUAUUGCAUGUAGAAGGACUCUGUGGGUUGUAUUUAACUAACUUUUACUUGGAGACAGAAUUAAUGGACCUAUGUUAGUCAGUUUCUGCAGAAUACAAUUUCAUUGAUUACAACCCUACGAAUGGGGAAGGAGGAAGUGGUGGACACUGCUUCUGCUAGGGUUGCCAUAUGUCUGGAAUUUCCCAGAUAUACCCGGAAUCCUGCAGUCGGAAGCAAUGUCCGGGCAGAAAUUGGCAAAAUGUCCAGGAAAAUCCGGGCGUAUGGCAACCCAUUCCUUAAAAAUAGCUCAAAAAUCUAAGGUUCAGUCCCUGGUAUUUCCAGGUCAAACUGGGAGAAAGCCCUAUUUCAAACCCAGAAAGCUGCUGCCAGCCGUAGAUAAUACUGACCUAGAUGGACCAAGGUUAUGACUUGGUAUCAAUAUGGCAGCUUCCUAACAUUAACAGUAACUUGAAAGUCAGCUGAAAGCAAAGCUUCUUCUUACACCCAGUUCUGUUUGCCUUUUGGUUUUGUCUGACUCUUUUAUAGUAGAACUUCUGUAUGCAUAAUCUGUAGUGUGACUCAAAUCUUCUGCUACUUGUUAUCCAUUGAAAUUUCACAUAAUCUGAAAGUGGUCUUGUUGCCACAAUGCAUGAUAAUGCUUUCACAAAGAUUAAUCGUAUAUAAAUUGCUGUGCUGAAUUUGCUAUAGUACCUGUAUUUAUAAUUUGUUGACCGGAACAGGACAGUCCAAGCAUGUAACAUCGAUUGUGGCCUGACUGCUAGUUGGUGGAUGAGCAUUUACAUUAUGUUUUAUUAUGUGUUUCGUAUUUUAAAUAUUGAAUAACUUUAUUUUAAUAUUUUGUAAGUCUGAGACAUUUUGUAAAAAAUGAUUAACAAAUAUUACAUAUAUUAAAUAAUAAUAAUUAUAAUGAAAAUGUUAAUUGAAGAAGGAAAUCCAAGCACAAAAGUCUUCUACUUUAAGAAACUGCAAAAAUGGAUCAAAUAGUUGACAGGAAGUUUAAUGUGUAGAUAAGUGGAGGCUGACAAGAAUAUGCUGUGUGUGCCAAAGGUUCCAGUGAUGGAAAACUGAAACAUAGUGCUCACUGACCACAGCGUGAGCCCUGACACACAAUGUAAAUAACUCAGAGAUAUAUGACUGCAUUAAGCAGCUGGCUGGUGUAUUUCAGUGAUAAAUCUGCAACAGCAGAAAUGGCUGUCAUACAGAUUAUUUCUGAUUAAUAUAUUUGUAACAGACUAAUAGGGGUAAGGCAUAAAUGAAAUUACACCAGAACUUGUUUCUGUUCUUCUUCCAGGGUUGUUUUUGUAGAUCCUGGUUUUAGUACCAUCAGGUUAAAAGCAGAAGAUUCCUGUGGCCGGGAACAUCUAAUAACAUUGAAAUUAAAUCCAAAGGUGAAUGAAUGUUUUUUAUGGUUUUGGGAAUGGGGAAGUACAUUUCUAUGACUUGUGCCUCAGAUAUAUUUUUAGUAGUUGAUCUGUUGAGUAAUAUUAAAAUUGAUAUAUGUUUAACCAAUUUAAGAAUAGUCAUUAAAGACAGGUAGCUUUGUGAUGUACAGUGGUACCUCAGGUUAAGUACUUAAUUCGUUCCAGAGGUCUGUUCUUAACCUGAAACUGUUCUUAACCUGAAGCACCACUUUAGCUAAUGGGGCCUCCUGCUUCUGCCGCACCGCCAGAGCACAAUUUCUGUUCUCAUCCUGAAGCAAAGUUCUUAACCCGAGGUACUAUUUCUGGGUUAGCAGAGUCUGUAACCUGAAGCGUAUGUAACCUGAAGCGUCUGUAACCUGAGGUACCACUGUAAUUGCAACCUGUAGAAGUUUCUGAUAGAAAGUAACUAUCCAAAGUAAAAAUUCUACAUCAGUGAUUUUGCCAGUAGAAACUAUUUAAUAUCCUUUUGGCUUGGUGUGGGCUUUAAAUUUCACUUCAUCAUCAGUCAGUUUUGAAGCUCUCUAAGGGUAAUGGGCUUUGUAUUAGCUGAACGUUUUCCUAGUUGAGUUUUAACUACCUAGAAGUGGCCUUCCCUUGAACAAGAAACAAUUCCCUGCGUAUAGAUUACUUGGCCACAAUUGUGGCUCCCUGGCAUGUGUGUGGAGUACAGGUUACAGAUUCCCCACCCCCCACCCCCCUGUAAGAUGGUUUGGAAAGAGAGAGGUCUAAAUGACUCCUACGAAGCGCUCUUCUGUAGCUGGCUCUGGCAUGUGGUUAUUUGUUUGCUUUUCAUUUAAAACAUUUCUGUGCUAUUCUUUAGUUAACAAAACUCCCGCAGUGGUUUGCAACAGUCAUAACAAUAUCAGAUAAAAGAAUAUAAAUUAACAAUGGCAGAAUAUUUUUUAAAAACACACACACACGUAAAAAAACAGCAGCAACCAGUAAACAUCAUCAGAUUAAAACCUGCUUGCAUGCUGAAAAGACUGGGUAAAUGAAAGCAGUAUUUGCUUGCUAUUACUGAAGAGCUCAGCCUUACUGUUUGUUGUACUAUGUAUGCCGUAACAAAUCUCCAUGUUGUCCAUAGAAGGCAUAUCAAGAAGAGACUUGAGACAACAAUGGCAAGGUUGAACUUGUGGUCCUUUAUCAGCAUAUACACUAUUCAUCUUAUUUUUUAAUUUAUUUUGUUAGAAAAGACAAGAGAGACAAUGCCUGUUGUCUGCACUAGAAGGGACUCUUCACCAGCUAUGCUUAGUAGCAUGAGACUUCUUUAAAAUGCAAAUAUCUGUUAUUUUCUGUGACUCAAUCAAGUUAUCCUCUAGGAGGGCACUAGGGCUCUUCUACCUCUACCAAAUUUUAACUUUAAUCUCAAAGUUUCUGGUUCAAUUUAAAUAUCACCUGCAUAAUUGACUUCUUAUUUCUGCAGCAACCUGUAUGCCAGUAUUUCCCUUUUGUAACAAAUUGUAUAUUCUUAACGAGACCCAAUUUGUGUUCCUCCCAUAUAUGUGAACACUAAUAUGUAGGUUAGGUCACAUGAUUACACUCACCUCAAAUUGGUAAAAGUAAACCCCUCCAGGGAGGGCAUUCCACAUGUGUGGUGCCAGUACUUAAAAUGCCAUUUCUCCAGUCACCACCUCCCUCAUGUUUAGACAUUGGGAGGAUUUGGAGAAGGGUCUCUGAUUUUUACCUUAAUAAUUGAGCAGGCUUAUGUGAGAGAAUAUGAUCCUGUAAAUAGAUGUUGGUAGGUUCAGGGCAACGUUAGGAUUGUCAUCUGGGUCUGGUGGAGUUAGACCUGUUGCACCUUCAAUUUAAUCUGGUGACUCCAGUACUCUGAGCCCAGUCUCUUUUAAUUCAUUUUACAACUCUCACUUUAAAUCUUUAAAUCAAAAUUCUGAUUUCUUUAAGUUUAAUGAGAGCUUACAGGGUGAAAUUCUAAAGCCUUCACUGCAUCAGUUAAAAUGUUCCUUGCAAAAAAUAGCGGUCCCAUUAAGUCAGAUUCUUGCAGAAGCCAAGAGUGUUGCAAAUUCAAUUUAUUUUGCACUAAUUCUUCAUAGCUUUGUUUUAUCUAAAGUGAGUAUGUUGUUGGAAAAGGAAGUAACUAUUUUAGUUUUACUGUGCAGUGACCAGAUUAUGCAAGUUGCCAGUUGUACCUAGUGGUCAUCAAUCAACUCUGUUUCACAAGAUUAUAGUGAUGAAAGGAUCAAUUGUGUUUGUCCUUUUUAAAAAUGUGUCUGGCAUUUAAACUUGCCAAGGGAGAAAAUUAAUAUAUAAAACGUGUGCUUGGUGACACAGGGAUUUGAUUUCUGGUAAUAUAUGUAAUAAAUACACUAUGCAAUGAUGCUCAUUCAUGUUAUUUUUUAUUUGAACAACGUCAAGCAGAAAAUGUUUGGGCAUAGUCCACCAAAACUAAAUUUAUUUAAAUCAAAUUUUUUCAAAGUAUGUAUUAAAUUCUGCCAUUGCAAUCAAUAGGACUUAUGGUACUGAAAAGUGCUCAGUUUUGGCUGGAUCUUGCCCAAUAGUAUUCUAAAAGGUAUGCAGGGGUUCUGCAUUUUUGAAGAGCUGUUCUAGUAUUCCUACAUACAUUGCUUUUUCUUAAUAGGUGUUAGAAGGUUGUGUCCUUCCUUUCUUGGUGUAGAUGUGAUACUACCAAUCUACUCAUGAUGGGGAGAGUACUACAGGCUUAUUUUCUCUCUCCUUCCUGUUCCUGUCUGUGUGAAUUCUACUCUCUUCCACUCUUGAAGGAGGUUUAUAAAAUAUGCACGAUGGAAGGAAUAUGGACAGAAUUUUCUCCCCUUUCUCUUCUAUAGUACUAGAAGUCUGUUUAUAUAUACAAUGAAAUGGAUAGACAGAAAAAUCAAGACGGAUAAAAGAAAGCACUUCUUCUCAUAACACAUAAUUAAUUUAUAGAAUUUGCUCCCGCCAGAUGUAAUGAUGGACAUUGGCUUAGAUAGCUUUAAGUGGGGAUUGGACAUAUUAAUGAAAGAUAAGAUUAUCAGUAGCUAUUAGUCAUGAUGGCUAGGUGAAACCUCUCUGUUCAGAGGUAGUAUAUCGCUGAAUAUCAGCUACUGGGAGCAAUAGUAGGAAACACCUCCUGGCCUCCUGGCCUGUUUGUGUGCUUCCUGGAAUCCUCUUGUUGAGCACCACUGGAAGCAGAUCGUAGGAUUAGAUGGACCAUUGGUCUAAUCCAGUAAGAGCUCCAUUUAUGUAUUUAUAUUUACCCCAAUCUCUAGUUUAUGUUAGCAAAUAGUAACCAAAGGCCUAAAUCUCUGUGGAAUGAUAAUCCUGUAUCUGGGUUGCACAGCAUCAGAUUUUAUGAGAGUGGUGAAGUGAUUGAAUGUUCUUCCACACAAAAAAAUUUCCUGCACAUGGAAGAGAAGAUGGAACAUGUCUCCCUAACAUUUAAUUGAUUGUGUGGACUCUGAAGUCGUAUAACCCAGACAAAUGGAUUAGCUCCUCAGUGGAAACUAGACCAUAAAAAGGAGGGCUGGGAUUCGGAGAAAGAAGUAGCCUAUAGGUGACUCCCUGUCACCUUACCAAAGUUAGAAAAUUGCUAGUGAUGGUACUGUAUUGGGUUUAUUAUUCUUGGUAGCAAUUCAGCAAAGAAGUAUUUACAUGUUUGAAUUGUUGGGGCUGGGGGCUCUGCUUAAACUCUGUUUUUAGGAGGCUACAUGAUUUGGCUACAUGAUUUGCUACCAAGAAUGGAAGUCAGGGUGGAGGGCUUGUGGGCCCUUUUCCUCCUCUAAUUCAAGCACUGGUUGUAGGCACUGCAUUAUUUUAAUAGACACUAUAUGAAUGCCUUGAAAAAGGACUAUUGACUAGUAAUAUUUGUUGAAAAUGUCCAUGAUUUUUUCAUAUCUCGUACAAAAUAAUAUGUUACUAUAUGUAACAAUCCAGGUUUUAUUGAAGACUUCACCUUUACAGUGAACUCUCUCUCUCUCUCUCUCUCCCCCCCCCCCCUUCAGAUCCAUGCUAUUGUGGCUUGGUUUCAUUUUCUGAGUCCAUCAUUAUGGCAAUAAGUUAAAAACAUAAAUAGAACUCAUAUUCUUAAAAGCAUAGAGCAAGCCCACACCUUUCUUGAUAAGUGAGAGUGGUGUAGUCAAUCCUGUAAAAGGAAAGCAGAAUGUUAACUGACAUUGGGUUCUUUAAACGCAGAAGAAUGAUUGUGUUAGUUUCUUGGGCAAUUCAUUGUAUUUUGCCUUUAAAAGGCUGAGAAUAAAUGCAGAUGUGCUUGAGCAUGGGGUUGUGUGUGUUAGUAGGUAUAAAACAUAUUUUAAAUGAUUUAGGUCUUCCAUAAAUGUAUCAAAAUUGCAGGCACGUGAUGUUUAGAAAAUCUGGAGUACUUAAGCAUACAGUAAGGAGUACUUGUCUCUUGCACAACUGCAAUCCUAACCACAGGGUGUAAAUCUCACUGAUCAUCUCAGUAAACAUGCCUAGAAUCACUUACUGUUAUUCCUUUUUCCCUUCCAUUGUGUGACGUUUUAAGAAAUGUAUACCUAACUGGUACUGAGUCUAGACUAAUUUUCACACUGACUCAUUUCUAUUCUAUUCUAAUAUAUUUUCUCUCUAAUGCAGUAAAGGCUGAAAAGCUAAUAGUCUGCACAUCUCAACCCAAACUGUCCUCUAUGGUCAAUCAAUUGUCAGGAAGUGGGAUGACUUAACCCAACACCUACAGUCCUACAGAUAAGGUGUGUGGCAGAAGAAAAUGGUGCAUGCCUUCCCUUCUCCAGCUGUAUUUCCCUAACCACUCCCUCUUCAUUUUGUGACUUGUUCAAAAGUCAUUAGUGUAACUGACUGAAAAGAGCAUGAUAAACUGACAAAUCAUAAGAGCUUUUGCAAGCCAUAAAAGUUUCCUUUAAAAAUGGAAAGUACAGCAGGGGACAUGAACCAUGGUAGGCGUAAUAAAAUAUAAGUGUAAAUUUGAAUACCAAGUAGCCAGAGAAAUAAAAAUAAAUGUAAGUGUAGCAUAGGUGAGGAGCAGGUGUGAGAAUCAGUGAGAGAUUACCAGAAGCGGAUAUAAAGUUAUAGAGAAGCUAAACUUCAUUACCAUAAAAGCCAAUUGGAUGUGGUCUACUACUGAAUUAAGUUUAGCAGGGACCAUAGCAUUAGAAAACAAAGUAGAAGGAUAAUACAUUCAGAGUAGUAGGUGGCAAGUAUCCAGGAUUAAUGUUGGGUGGAUUCAUUUGGGAAGGUUUAAGUUGUAUUUAUAUUUAACCUCACUUCCUCUUAACACCUCAAAUGUUCGUGUUCUGCCUUUUAAUCAAGAGUUUUAUGAAGGUGGAUUAGGGGAAAGGUAGUGGUCUUUUCAUCAGUGCUUCUCUUUCAGUUUCAGCCAAACUUGGUUUUCUACAUUGCGUUCAGUUGCAUGUACAAGUCCAUCUUAUAUCAGUAGGAGUUGCAUUAUAUAAAUAUGUAUGUAUGUACAGUUUGUGUGAGCACUGGAAUCAGUGGAAAUUGGAGCAUUAACGUCUGUUAUGCUGGAUCAGUCAUCUCUUGUUUUCUUCCCAUAGGUUCCAGAACACUUUAGUUAUGCAUAUGGCAGUGUUGUUAGGUUUAUUAAGUUUAAAACUCAUCCUGGGGCUCAACUUGUGACAGGUGGCCAGGAGAUUUUUGUGACGAGAAAAUGCCCUACUUUGUCUUUGCAUAUAUAGAAAGAGAUUGUGUAACACAUUAUAUAUAGGAUGCACAUAAGGCAGAAAGAUUUUUUCCUGUUAACAUUCUGUGCUUCCCAGAGAGGUCUGCUUUGAAACUCCAGAAUACCUGGUUUGUUCAAAUUUUAUUUAUUCUCAGGGGUGGCCCAAGCCUGCGAUGCCCCUGCUGAAGCCUUGUUCAUUGGGGUUAUGCAGCUUUGGUUUCCAGAUUCUGGUGAAAUCUUGCAAUAACCCUGUGAGAUUUCACUAGAAGCCACUGCAGCUGCUUCUCCAGCAGGGGGAGCACGCUGCCUGUGUGGAGCCUCUUGGAUUCUGCUGCCUGAGAUGGCUGUCUCAUUCUGUCUCGUGGACGGGCUAGCCCUGUUCACCUUGUCUUCAACUUUGGAUUUAUUUAAACUAACCUCAGCUAUGUGUAUGCGUACAUUGCAAUCAUCAUCAUCACUCAUAAGGUGUAAAAAUGUUGAACUUCCACAUUUCUGUCUCAGUAUCCCACAGAACCACCAGAUUGCCUUGUGGACUUACCAGUUCAGUUCUCUCUCUCCUGGAUUCCAGAGGUAAGCAGCCUUCCUUCUUUUCUCCGGUUGUUAAUGAACUUACCUGCUUAGCCUUCUGCAAGUACCUUGUCUAACAUAUACUUGAGCUCUCUUCCUUCUGUUCCAUUUAUGUGAAAAAAUAACAUAAUGAACAUUUUAUAUUCUAUGUAAUCAACUUAGAGGUUAUGUGUGAUUAAGCAGUAUAUAAAUCCUGUUACAUGAAUAAAUAAACUUAAUUUUGUAUUUAGUAUUAAUAGGACAAAAUCCAAAGAGUCAGUGGUCAAUUUUUCUGCACUCCAUAACAACAACAACUAUUAUUAUUAUUAUUAUUAUUAUUAUUAUUAUUAUACCCCAGCCAUCUGACUGGGUUGCCCCAGCCACUCUGGGCAGCUUCCAAUGAAGCAUAAAGGAAAACACCAAAACAUCAAACAUUAAAAGCUUCCCAAUACAGAGCUGUGCACCUGGCCCUUUAGUGGCACAGUUACCUCAUUCUGGACCCGGAAGUCCCCCCAUACUGUUUCUGUCCAGAAUGGGGUACCUUCUGUCUACUUGGGACUCAACCUCAAUCCGUUAACCACCAUCCAUCCAUUGGGCAAUCAGAGCUGUUUCAAAUGCAACAUUCGAUAUGUAAUGAAGUUCAGCUGCCCAAAGAAAAGUCUUCAAAUUCCAUUGGCUGGCACAAGAUCCUUCCAUGUCAGGCUGUAGAUGAUGAAUAUUAUUAUUGCUAUUAUUUUAAUUAAAAUAGCUUCCUAUCAAUAAAUAUUCCCUAGGUGCCUUCCAACUAAACAAUAUAUAAUAUGCAAAGCAAACAAUGAAAGACAAUGGGAAAAAUUCUGUGCAACAGACAGCCAUUCUAUAACUGAAUAUACUGUUUAAACUAUUCGCAUCACAACUCUGAUAUACACUCCCCCCCCCCCUCCCCUGCACUGCUGUCCUAUGCCAUUUGGGACACGUGGGGGAACAAAAGACUGCAAUAUCAGGGAAAUGGAGGUGACGCAAAGAAUACAAAGAGUUGAAAUGCUAGUAAUUACCUUCUGCAACAAGAGGAGGAGAAUGAGCAAUUUCCUUGAGACUCCUGGUUACUCAAAGGUUGAGGGAUCAGACUGGAUACUGAGGCUUCCGUAGUGGCUAAGCAUCCCCCUCGGGCACUACUUACAGGCUGUAAAAAUUGAAAAGCAGACUAUGUUUCGUACAGAGAAAUUACUAUGGUGAGGGGACCAAAGGCAUGCAACCCUUCAUAGGUCACCCUUGAGCCCCAAACUGUGUGGUUCCAGGCAGGCAACCAGGUUCUUUAGAAAUUAGAACUCUUCAAAAAUGAUGAAAGGUCAAAAAAUCACCAGGAAGUAAAACAUGAAGGGUCAUAUUCCUGGAAGAUCCUUGAGUAACCCAGGAAAAACAAACAUGGAGAAUAGUCAAGGGCUCAGGGGAGAGAGAGAGAGAGAGAGAGAGAGGGUAGGGUAGGGUGACUAGCUGGGGUUGAAGAAACCUGUCCUGUAGAUGAAGUUUGAAAACAUUGCAUUCCCAGGCAGAUUGAAGAGCAUAUCUUGAGAACAAGCACUGAAGUCAGUUACCUAAGGGGAAGGGUUAUAUGAAACAAAGGGAAAAUGGGCUGUAUCCAGCAGAAGGAAAGCAUUACAAGACAUGCUGAAUGAGUGUGGAUAUGAUGAUACAAGUUUCCCACCAUAGGAUGCAGAGGGUAGUCUUAGGAUGGAACAGUGAGGGCCUCCUGGCGCUGCCGGAGCAUGAUUUCUGUUCUCAUCCUGAAGCAAAGUUCUUAACCCGAGGUACUAUUUCUGGGUUAGCGGAGUCUGUAACCUGAAGCGUAUGUAAGCUGGGUUACUACUGUAUAUUCAGACAUAAUUUUAUUUGCAUACCACCUUUCCACAGUUCAACCCAUUCACAAGGCAGCUUACAGCAUGAAAAAACACAUUACAAAAGUAGUCACAAAUAAGAUAUGGGAAAGCUAAACAAGAGAAAGACAUAGCUCAGUAGAUGAGUGUGUGAUUUGAAUGCAAAAAGUCCCAGGUUCAAUCUCUGGCAUCUCCAGGUGGGACUGGGAAGACUCCUGUCUGAAAUCCUAGAGAGCUGUUGCCAGCCAGUGUAGACAAUAUGGAGCUAAAUAGUAGACUCAGUAUAAGGCAGUUUGAUGUUUCUAAUAGUGAAAUGACCAUCAUAAUGCAUUAGACAUACAACAUACAGAAAUCAUCUUGGGCUUUGGACUGCAUAGCUUUUGUGAAUUCAGACUGAAAGAUAAAUCAAAUGAUUGUCAUUUCCAUACUUUUCCAUUUCUGUCGUGGUGGCUUGCCAGCCUCUCUGAGAAAUCCACCCUUUUUCUUUCUUAGGUGCAAGUGUAACACACUGACUGAUACUAAAAUGUUAUCCCAUGAGCAGCAAUCUAAUGUGAAUUCACAAAUAUUUUGAUGUCUAAAGGUGCUGAAAAUCUUUGAAUUUGAAUUCAAUAUAAUUCUUUAUAUGGGGAGCUGGUAUUUAUGAUGGCUGUAAAUACUACACUCUAACCCAGUAAAAUAUAUCGUUACUAGGAAUCAUUUCAUUCCUGUUAAAUAUAGAAACUUGAGUACCAUAUAUUAUUUGUAUAGAAUUAAUAGUUUGUCCUGUUCAUGGGAUGCCCCCCUCUGGCAAGAAUGCAAAAUACUUAAUUUUCUAAAAGUUUUUCACAUUGAAAUCAUUAUUUUGCUUAUUUUUAAAAUGUAGUGCUGUCAGAGAACAUGCUGCUUAACAGAGCAGCAUCAACUCUGUCAUGCAUGGCUGUGUGGUUUGUGAAAGUUCAGGGUGCACCAAUUUGGAGAAGUAUUACAAAAGGCCUGAAAAAAGCAUCUAUAUUCAGUAUCCUCCUGCAAAUUCCCCAGAUGGCAUUAUGGGCACCAUAGGUUAUCUUAUCAAGGGUGUGCAACUCUUUCAUAAUUUGAGGCAUCUGUAUUGUUCAGUGUUUUAGACAAUGAGCCCUGCUUACAUCUAUGAUACUCCCAUUACAUCCCUCCUUCUGUUUCCAUAUUUUUCUUCUUCCCAAAAGUCAGUAUUCUGUGGCUACUGAACAUGCUCUGUCCUCACUAAGAUGUUUUAGGGUUUUAUUUUAUUAUUAUUAUUAUUUUGUACUUUUACAAAUCUUGGAGCUUUCCUGACCUGCUGAUAUUUCUGUCUCACGUGUGAGCUGUGCAGUCAGACAACCAGUCUACAUAUUGUUUUUCAUUACUCACAAAGAGAGAGAAAACAGUGAAGUCUUUUGAAACCAUCAGCCAGGACAUUAAGACUCAAGAGAUAAGUCCCGUUAUGCUUAAAAUUCUAUAUUGAAAUAUCAGAUUUGUAAAGUGUUGCGUUGAUUGCCUCAAUGCCUUCGACAUAUGUUGUGUCAGGAAGAUUUGGGCACCACAAUGUAGGACAGAGUCUCCAACAAAAAUGUGCUCUCCCAAGCCCACAUCCCCAGCAUGUUUGCACUCUUGUCUCAGUGAUGUCUGCACUGGCUUAGUCAUGUCCACAGAAUGGAAGAUGGCAAGAUCCCCAAGGGCGUGCUCUAUGGGGAGCUGGCUUUAGGCACUAGGUCUGUUGGCAGAUCAAUUCUGUUUUACAAAGAUGUCUGCAAAUAUGACAUGAAGGCUGGCAACGUCAGCCCGGUUGUGUGGGAAUACCUUGCAGACAACCACAAGGCCUGGAGAAAGACAGUCGGACCGUGCAUCCAGAGGAGGAAUGACCUCUGGGAGGAGUGCAGAGAGAGGAAAUGUCAUGGUGCAUCUGCAGCAGCCAACCGGACACCUUUGUCAGCCCCAGCUGCAACAAAAUACGCCUCUCCCGUAUUGGUCUCUACAGCCACAGCAGACACUGCAAGCUUCCAACAGUUUGACUUCACCCUCAAAGAAACACUCUUCCAUUGUCUCCCAAGAAAGACAGAUGCCAACCAAAUAACUGUACUGAAAACAUUAAACUGCCAGGUUUUUAUGGUAAUGCAGUCUACAUCUGCAUAAGAAAACUGCAAAUGAUUUUUUCCUUGUCCAAUAUUAUUCACAAGUACAAACAGCUGGACUUGCCCCUUGAUUCUAAAUGUCCAGGUUGAUGGUUUUAAAAUACUUAGCUGUUUCCCCUCUCUCUUUGUGAGUAAUGGAAAACAAUAUGUAGACUGGUUGCCUCUUGUUCUAGAUAUUUUGGGUAUUCAGCAUGCAUGUGCUAGUUCUUGAUAGGUAUUUACUUCUUACAUCUGUAGGUCACCUUAAUGAAAACAUUGACAAGACCCUUAACUCAAACAGUGCAAGUGUCACUGUUAGAAUACCAGCACACUCUUGUUAAAGGGAAUGUAAAUAGAUUUCAGGUACCAUAAUUGAUUUCCCCCACUAACAGCUGUUUCCUAUUUCAUCUUCUAGUACUUUUGGACUUUAAGCUUGAUGGUUGUCCCCCCACCUCUUUUUUUUAUAUAAUAAUAGACAUGGCUUUAUGGCAUCUGUAUUAAAAAUGGGUAAUUUUCCUUAUGGUCCCUGUCUUCCUGCUGGGUUGAUAAUGUUUUGAUGUAUUUUUCUUGUGCUCUGAUGAGAGGUCUGCUGCUGCUGCUCUGACAUAUUCAUUUGGAUGAAUAAUUAUAACGUGCACAAUGUCAAGCUGAAGAUGGUAGGGUUUUGUGCGUCAUGACAAGCCUAGUAGCCAGUGCAGGUGUCUCACAGCAUGAUCAGUAGCAGCCAGUGUAUUCUGGCUCAGAGGAGACAUUUUAGAAUAGUCAGAAAUCAGCACCAAGGGCAAGGCGGCUGCCAUUGUUUCAUGUGCCAAAUAAACCAAGAGCUUCCCAAUGACAAGUGCGAGUACAUCUACUUACUUCAGAUACAUACUUUAUUUUUUUUUCUAAUUAGCCUGAUAAAUUUGCUCUCUACUCAGUUUUUGCCAAAAUAUGCAGUUAAAUGCAUAUAUUAUUCAAGGGACCUUAUAUUAAAGCCCUCCCUUUUCCUCUGAAUUUUUAGUUAAAGUACAUAUCCAGUAAAAUAUGCGAUGUAGGAUCUUCAAAAUAAGCCUGGUGUAUUUCUAGCUUCUAUUGCUAAGCCUGCAAUGGAAUUGUGGAAUAUUGAAUCAAUAAAACACACAAAGGCUUGGAUGGUUGACAAGGGGAGUUUUUUUAAAGAUUUCAGAUCUGAUGCUUUUUUUUUUCUUUCACUGGUGGAUAUAUCGGAAGAAUCGGGAGGGGUACUGAAGAGGGGGUUCAGCUUGAGUAAAUGACAAAUGGAAACCAUUUUCCAGGCAAAUCUGAAAGAAUCAUAAAUUACUAGGGGAAGAGACCUAGCGGGUCAUCCAAUCCAUACCCCUGCUGUGUCAGAACCUGUUCACUGCAGUGCAUUUUUCUCAUGUUUUUGUCUUAAUCCUCCAAUCAAUGUAGUGGAUAUUGCCUAGCCUAGCAAGUCUUUCCCUCCAUUAUUUAGUUGAAAGGAAUUUAAAUUUCUUCUUAAGUUUUAAUCAUGAACACUUUCUCUUAAGUUCUGUAAUUGGGAAUCCAGAAGAUGUAUUGCAAAUCACUGAAGCAUCUAAAAUCUGUGUAUUUGUGUUGCAAGAUGCAGUUUAAAACUUGCAGAUGAAUGUUGCCAGGAUGAACAACUGCAUCCCUUAAGCCAUAACAGGGUUUUUUUUUGGGGGGGGGGGUGGACCUUGAGGAAGCAAGAGGGAGAGAGCAAAAACUUUAGACACUCUGCUACAUCAUUUCCUCUAAAUAGUGAAUUCAAUUAGUCAAGUGCCUGAUCAGUUUGGAAGGAAACUGUGUGCUUCGGGUACUUGCUAUGAAUGCAGAAGUACCGUAUUUUUCGCCCUAUAGGACGCACUUUUUCCCCUCCAAAAAUGAAGGGGGAAUCUGUGUGCGUCCUAUGGGGCGAAUACAGGCUUUCGCUGAAGCUUGGAGAGCGAGAGGGGUCGGUGUGCACCGACACCUCUCGCUCUCCAGGCUUCAGGAAGGUAUCAGCAAGCCUGGGGAGCCUGCGGGAGUUCCCGCAGGGCUCCCUAGGCUGCGGAUAGCAGCCUGCCGCCCAGGCGUGUGGGGUGCCCUGAAGCAGAGCGACCCGCGUGCCGGGCAGACAUCCGCAGCGUGGGGAGCCCUGCGGGAGUUGCCGCGGGCCUCCCCACGCUGCCGAUAGCAGUCUGGUGCGCAGGGUGCCCUGAAGCACAGCGCCCCGCACGCUGGGCAGACAUCGGCCAGCCCCACAAGCUCGGGGGACAGCGGGGAGGCGCAGCGCCACCAUCCCGCUGUUCCCUGACCUGGUCUUGGGGGGGGGGGAAAUAAAGGAAUUUUUUUUCCCUUUGUUUCCCCCCCCCAAAAAAAUUAGGUGCGUCCUAUGGGACGAAAAAUACGGUAAAUAAGUUUGUAAAUGAAAAGAAAAUGAAUUUUUAAAAGACCCCAAAAGCUACCUGACAAAAAGAGGUGUGGGACACUCUCUAAAUAUACCAGAUCAGAGGGAGAUUUGAGUCUAUUGAUUGUCUGUAGUUGAGGUAAGGAAUGUGAGAAAGUCUUUGAAAAACACCUCUCCCUGCCCCUCAAAAGCAGGACAGUAUCCUGAAGGGGUUAAGAGUUGGGGAGGAUGCAUGCCAUGAGAUUUAAAAACAAAAUAAAUGCCCCUUUUCACUGUCCUGCAAUGUGUUCUUUUUCUCUUUCUCCAUCUUUUUCUACUCACACUUCCAGUGGUGUGGGGCUGGCAAUCUUCUAGCGCUAUAUAGCACAGCAGGAGUACAAGAAAAGUGUGAGGAGGUGGUCACACAUUUGAACCUCUCUGCAGACAACUGCACAGAACAUCUAGUUGCUUCAGGUAGAAAACCUGGGGUUGGAACAGGGCUAAAAGUGCUUUACAUGUGAGUAACAUGUGGAUAGCUCUAAUUUCUAAAUAUGGCUAUUUGUUGAAUCUCUCUCUGUGUGUGGAAAGAGCCAGAUACUUCGUAUCUUUCAAGAGUUUUAUUUUACCACCAUGAUCUGAGCCCAGCAUUGGUCAUCUGCCUAUCACUUUGCCUUCCUCCACCUUGUAAGACAGCAGCACUCUUCUCUAACUGUUAGUUGUCUUGGGACAGAAGAGAUUAAAGUAUGAAUAUACUCUGGCUUCUAGCACCAGCGAGGUCACCAGGGGCCAGUGGGAGAUUGCACUUCCUGGCCCCAUCAACUGUGUAGUGAAGGAGCAGCUGCUCCAGUGCUUGCUUAUAAAAUAUUAGGUGCCUUAUAAUUGUAAUCAUUAUUACUAAUGUCAUUUCUAUACUGCUUUAUACUUUUAAGGAAAAAAAAUUCAAACCAGUUUACAACACAUUAAAACAUCAAAUAAAACAAUCCCAAAUCACUGAAAAAAGUCAAACAUAAAGUAAAAAUUCAAAGCAACAUAAUUAACAGGAAACUAAUUGUCUUAAAGAUUUCAAAUAAGUGUUAAAUAAGAAAAAAUUGAAAGUGAAAUGGUGCAGUUCGCUUUUCUUGCUCAGUUCCUGUUUGCACUGGCUCAGCCACUCCUAAACUGAACAUGAUCCUUAAGCAUGUCUAUAUUUCAAUAGAUGCCAGGAUUGGAGAUCCAAACCCAACACCCCACCACUCUGUUCUGAACAGAGCAGAGGUGCAAAGAGCUUCUGUCUUUGAGUGAUGGUGGCUGAUACAGAUGCCCUUUCCCCGGGCACCAAUGACACACCCUCAAAUUUCCAAAUUUGCCUUCUGCUUCCUAAAAGGCUCCAUCUUACAGUACCCUGGAGAUGGUGAUGAAGGGCAGGCAGAUGUGUAUUUCGAAGUUAAAAUGCUUGCUUCCCUGUGCUAAUAGAGGGCUGGGGGGAAAUAAAAAUAGGAUAUGCUUUUUUUUCAAACUCUCCAGGAACGUCUGUAAGUCCCAAACAGCGCUACAGUCUGGAGCCCUCGAAAGAGCACUCUUUUUGGGGGGCUGGAGAUAAUUAACAAUGUUUUGUUGUGGGUCCUUGCUUGUUCAUAUUCUUUUUUUAAAAAUGCAACUAAAUUCCACCCCCCCCCCGUUUAUUUUGUAUAAGUCACCUUUAUUUGCAGGUAUAAUAAUAAAUCAGUUGGUGGAAUCCAAAGAUGACAUUCUGUAUGCAGAAUACAUCCUCUGCUCCUGGAAAGGCUUUUAAGUUGCACUAGAUCAUUUUGUGAGAAAAGAGAAACUAAAUUCUGCUGGAUGUUUGGGAAUUGGUAGCAUUAUUUUCCUUUGGCUUGUACUAUUGGGACUUACUCUGUGCUGCUUGUUAUUUUUAAUACUGUAUUUGGUGAUUGGUCAUUAGCAUCGCAUCUGAAAAUGGUCUGGGAGAAUGUGAUGGUAACUAAUACCAAGAUGAAGGCCUACCAGGCUUGCGUGUUGAGCUUUACGGAAGUGAGAGAUGUUGAGCACCAUGUUGCAGGACAGAGUCUCAAAGAAAGAUGAGCUCCCCCACGUCCCCAGCAUAUUCACACUUCUUUCUCAGCGACGUUCACACAGGCUGGAUCAGGUCCACAGAAUGGAAGAUGGCAGGAUCCCCAAUGACAUGAUUUCCGUGGAGCUGGCUUCAGGCACCAGGCCUGUUGUCUGACCAACUCUGCAUUACAAAGAUGUCUGCAAAUGGGACAUGAAGGCUGGCAACAUUAACCCGCCUUGUGGGAAUCCCAUGCAGAUGACCACAGCACCUGGAGACAAUCAGUCAGGUCAUGUAUCCACAGUAGUGACCAGAUGAGGAAUGACCACUGGCUUGUGCAUCUGCGCAACCGCAUACUUUCAUCUGCCCCAGCUGCAACAAAACAUCUCUCUCCCCUAUUGGUCUCUACAGCCACAGCAGGAGCUGUAACUCUCCAACAGUUUGACUUAACCCUCAAAGGCACACACUUCCAUUGUCUCUUGAGACAAAUCGAUGCCAUCCGGUGGCUCAUACCAGAGUUUCACUGUAACUUGUCCCUCUAAAAUCACGAAGCGGCAAAGUCACUCUUUAUUCCUUUACCAAGUAUCUUGUCACAGAUAAAAAUGGAAUCCAUGCAAAUUGCUUAAAGGGGAAAUGUUCAGAAAUAAACUGGUUGAAGUGUAAAAUGGAUGAUAAAUUCCUCCAUGAUUUGCAUGACAAAGUAAUGCAGCUGAUUUUCAGAUAGAGAUUUAGAUAUGCAUAUGGAAAGUCAGUUGGCAACAUCAAUGAAGCAUGCAAAUAAGAUCAGAUGAGCAGAUCACUUUAAGAAAAGAUUUGGCCACCUUUUAAGGAACAUCAUCGAAAAAUUGCAAUUAGUAUUAAAAUUAAUUGGAUUUCAAAAUGUAUCUGUGGAUUCUAAUCCCUUGAUGUUUCUUUAUUUCUACUGGAAACCCUUUGAAUUCCCUAAAGAUAAAGAUAAAAAUGAUUAUUAGAGGAUUUAUCUGUAUGUGAUGUAGGGAAAUGUGAAAAAUCAAAAUGGAAAGCAUCUGUUGCAAGUACCAGAAAAUUAUGCUAUUAAUUUAAGUGUCAUCAGAGCACAAAAGAUCACAUUCCAAGACAGUGUGAAAAUUAUUAAAAUACUGGAAAUAAUAGUACUUAAGAUGAAGAUAUUAUGCUCUAAGAUCUGGUUAAGUGACUGACACUAUUAUAUCACUUCAGGUAUUAUAAAAGUAACAAAAUGCUUUUAAAGAUAAUAAGCGUUACAUUUUGAGAUUGGCAGUAUUCACACUUUUCUGCUUAAGUGCUUUCUCACUUUAAUAUAAUUUAAUAACAGUAGGGGGAAAAUCCAACAUUUUCUUUCUCAAGCUCUGCCCUUCCUUCUUUCAAUAUUUUUCAUGUAACAACAAAAAAAUGCAUCUAAGCAAUUUUUGCAACACCCAAAACUUCAUUUUUGCCUUUUGACACUUUGGCUAAAAGACCCAUAUUUGUUCUUUACUCUUAGAAGAUAUAAUUUCAGUUCAUGGUGCUUUAGAAUUGAAUACUACAUAACUCUGUUAAAAAUAAUAAUACCACACACCUAAAAUACCUUGCUGCUGUACUGUAAUGAAAUUUAUAUAUACAUGUAUAAACUCUGACAUUAUACAAUUUGGUGAUAUACGGGCUCUACCAGAUGUCCCUGCUAAUUUUGCCAAAGGACCCUGGGGUCUCCCAGAGUCUAAUUUAAAAGUGUGUUAAAUGUAACAGGAGAGCAACCACACAAGUUUCUCUCUCUCUCUCUCUUCCUGCUGAAAUGUGAGUCAGCAGUUGGUUCUUAGCACACAUUUUAGUUAGCCCCCACCCCACCCCCACAUUAUUGGCAGAAGAUUAUACUGGAUACAGUUGUAACGGGAUUCCUUUAAUUGCAGCAUAUUUCUAGGCUUCCUGGUAUUCUAAAUCACUUGAUGUUAAUUGUGUUGUGCUGUAUGUGUUAGAGGCCUUGCAAUGCAAACCUGAUGUUCUCAGAGGUAAAUAUCAGAUAUUCUUGGUGGUUGUUUUUUUAUUGACCACUGAAUCCAUUUGUUAUGAGUUAAAAAUAAAUUUUAAAAAUAGCUUUGAGAAAUAAGCCAUGUUUCCCCUGCUUUCAGCAUGGAAUACUUUGCAUUGGAUUCCCCCCUCCCCCUUUUUUUUAAUAGUUUGAAAGGUGACUCAUAGCAUAGCUCAAAAAUGCAGGAUUUGUGUGGCCUGUUCAAAACUCUAAAGUGUUUUGGGGGAAAUUCCAGUCUCCCCCCCCCCCCGCCACAUAUUUUACUGUUGGAUGUAUGCUAGACUUUAAACUGUUGGAACAGGCUGUUAUUAAAAAGCUAUUCUGUAUUGCUGUUGGUAAAGUGCCAUCUAUAAAAUUUGUUACAAUUUCCUUCUCUCUCAGAGCUCCUUAUUAAGCAUUCACAGUCAGUUCUUGGCAGCAUUAGAAUCAUUGAAGGAGUUUUGGAAUGCUCUAGAUGAAAUUGAUGAGAAGACCUGGGUACUUGAGCCAGAAAAACCCACACGGAGUGCCACAAUGCGAAGGAUUGCCGUUGGUAAGAAUAAAAAGGACAACUUCAUGUUGACUUCAGGUUAAUGGAGAUCACAGAAACGGAAAUGCAAGACGUUUAAAAUUAUUAGUUUUCAUGCGAAAAUGUGGCUUUAAAACAGAACACAUUGAUUAAUAUCAGCUAUUAAAUCUGACAUCGUUUCACGAACAGUGCAGUAUCAAAUCACAAUGUGUCAGAAUUUAGAUUGCAAGUUCCUUGACUAACUUUUAAGUCCCAUAGAAUUCAGUAGCAUAACCAUCCCUUGGUUUUUAGAUGGUGCAUGCAAAUGUCACAGCAAGUGCUGUCACAGAAGACUCGUUGCAUGCUUCUUUCAAGAUUCUACCUGCCUUCCAUAGCUUUUUUUGAACAUGUGAAUUAAAAAGUAUUUAACAUUUUUUAAAAAUACACCUGCUGUUUGAAUAAUUUGGUGGUGUUUUUUUUUAAUUGAUUAAAAGUAGUUUUAAUCGAUACCUCUGACCAAUGAAGCAACUAGCUAAUGUAAGCCUAAUGAAUAAAAAAACAUGUUAUAAAUAAGAAGUGGGAAAGCAAAGCAUGUGAAAUGGAUAAGGUCUGAUGUAUUGUUUUUAGAAAUGACCGGCACCAUGUUUUGGGCUCAAAGCCUAAACUAAGAUUGCUCUUGCAGAUUCCUUUUGUGUGUGUGAAGCUUAGUUGAGUAAGGAUGAAACUAUAUGUAGUUAUAGCUCUGUUCAUCUACAUGUCUGUUCCAGGAAACAACAUUUCAAUUAAUAUAGAGGUAGAUCCCAGACACCCCACCAUGCUUCCUGAGUGUUACUUUCUUGGAGCAGACCACGGUAGGAUGACUCCUAUUUAAAAAUCCAUUUUGUCAAUCAUAAUAGCUUUUCUGUCGCAGUGUAUAUCACUUUAUGCUUACCGCAGGUUAACUUUAUACUAAAUUGAGUCUACUUGUUUCAGGCAGACCAAGCUAGAAGCACACCAUUGACCUUAAUUUUUUGAAAAUUGUGUGUGCGUGCGUUGCUCAGAAAAACGUUGAAGAUUCAAUACAUUACAAAACAAUUUUGCACUGUUUAAUAUAUUGCCAACCUGUUCUAUAAGAUGAAUUUAGCUGCAGUGUUACAGAAAGCUAUACUGUGCCCCAUGUCUUCUUGGUGGGCUGCAUGUCAGUUCUCAAUCCAUUGAAAAAAGCUGCAGUAAAAGCCUGGGAACUAAGGUUUGGCCAAAGGCAGAUGGGUUUCUGGUGACUAAUAUGCCCCGAGAUUUAUUCAAAGCUGAGUUGUUUCCAGUUCUGUCAAUAUAUUUGUAUAAUGUCAUUAUGGAAUUGGCAGUUUCAUUUUCAGUCCCUUUCCUAUGAUCCACCAAAUGGAAUUUGCCUUUUCACAGCAGUUGCAUACCUUGAGCUGAUUUUUUUCGUUGAGGCUGCAGUCAUUGCCUAUUAAGCCCCUAUCAGCAUAUCUGUGAAAUUAGGAGUUUUUACCUCAGUGUGCAUCGACUUGCACUUAUUUAGUUUGAACUGCACUUGCCAUUUUACUAGCCUGUUCAGCCAAAUUGGAGAGCUACUUAAAUGGUGAAUAAUAUAAUAUCAUCCACAGACUUUGCUAUCUCGUGACUCUUUCCCUCAAACUCUGCAUCAUUAUAAGCAAGUUAAAAAGACAGAGGACCCUAUAUAGAUCCAUGGGCAAUAUCUCUUUAAAAUAAUUUAUAUCCAGAUCUUAAUCCCCAACAAGAUCAGAGUAGUAUACAGUGAAUGCUAGUGAUGUGCUGGAAAUGUUUGUUUUUAGAGCGGGAUGGGGAUUUGUUUUUGUUCUUUUACCAUUCUCUAUUAAGUAAUAAAAAAAGGUAUUCGAAGGGGAGGAGAAAUUUCAGUGAAAUUUUCAUGGGUUUCCGUGAGUGUUCUUUCAUUCUGCAAAUAAUAUCUCCCGUGGUCUGCACUCUGCAGGCUUCCUGAAAAACCCAUGGCAUCUAUGACUGGGCUUUCUUGUAAGUGCCAUUCAGAGAUGUAAUAACUAAACAUUUAAUGUCUGUAAACAUUGUGCCUUGCAUUGCAAAAUUACUUAAAAUCAACAAUGCAGAAUACAGGGUACCCAGUUACAUGAUGUGCUAUAUGCAGCAUGCCUAACCUUGCAGUGCAUGGACUUACAUAUCCAGCUGCCUUGUGAGCCAAUAUGCAGAAAAGUGGUGUAUGCAUAGAAAAAUUAAUACAUGCCUGAUAAUUGAGAAUUCAUUCUCUGCUGAAUCAGGCAGCCCGGGGGUGUCACUGUUUUUAUUAUGACUGUGUUGUGCAUUUUGCAUAUUUACGAUGUAAAACUGUGAUAAAUAAAUGUAAUAAAUAAUAAUAAACAGCAUAAAAGUUUAGGUUGUAGCUGCCCUCCUCCUCCUCCAGUCCCCAUUGUCCCCUUUGAAGGAAGUCUGUUAGUAGAAUGCUCUCGGGAGUAGCGCCAACACAUAUGAUUUUUAUUUUCAGUGGUAAAUCCCUUGAAAGUCAAGCUGAACAGCAACAUACACCUGUGGUAAGUGUGUUUGGUUGUAGACAUUUAGUUCAUAGCUUUGUUGGGAGUGUUGAUACUUUAUUUUCCUUCUUCUUUUCAGGGAUCCAGAACUCAGUUUACUACAAAAUCUGAAAGAGGUUUUAGAGAUUGAUUUUCCAUCUCGAGAAGCUCUAGAAAAAUCUGUAAGUGGCUCUGUGGUUAUUAUGUUCAUAUUUUGAAUACCAUGGCAAAAGGGAAUUCUGUAGCAUAACAAAAUAAUAGGAACAUUAAUAGGAACAUGUGAUUAAGACAGCCAAAAUAAGCUUCACUUCAUUAGUUUUAAAGAUUUGUUAAAAUGUUUACCUCGUCUCAGUAAGAAAAAUUUGAAAUAUGACAGAGUAUGAAAGAAGAUAAUAAAUUACUAUUUAUUUAUUAUGUUUAAAAUUUGUAUGCUGCUCUAUACCUGUAGAUCUCAGGGCAGUUCACAAUAAAAAGAAACCAAAUACAAUUUACAAUAAAGGGUCGUUGCAUGAUUCAUCGAGUUUUAUUCUUAAUAAGGACAUGAUUAAAGCUCAAAACACAUUCUUAAAAUAGGCAGACUACAGCUCCCAUCAUGCCUGAGCACAGGCCAUGCCGGCUCAUAGUUGGAAGGUGCAACACACUGGCCACCCCUGUUCUAACAAAUGACCAUUUCACAUUUCCCUCUGUGUGCGAGUAACGGGAUAAUACCCGCUACCUACGGAUAAAUGUAUUAAAAAUAAAGGGUAAAAAAAGCAUUUUCUAAUCAGUUGGGGGAUGCCUUCAGUUGAUAACAAUUUUAAAGUUUAGUCCUUAAUAAAUUACCAUAAAUGGACUCUUGUACAUUUUCUUAUAAACAAUAAGCCAACCACAAAUGUAAUUGUUUAAAAUGGGUGAAACAAGUUGACAUGCUUUAUUCUAUGUGCUUGAGCUGCGUUCCAUGUUUUUUUAGGACUUCUCUAUGGAUUGCGGGAUCUGCUACGCUUACCGUCUUGAUGGGACUAUUCCAGACCAAGUCUGUGACGACCCCCGCUGUGGCCAGCCUUUCCAUCAAGCUUGCUUAUAUGAGGUAGAGCAAUUUACGGUAGCGUUCUAGGAUUAUGGAAUGGAAAAUUGAUGGGUGGGUGCAAUCAUACGGGUGCUCUUUUGUACUGUUCUUGGACAGGAGGCAUUUUUUCCUGCAGCCUCCAGUGCCCACAUCCGCAAAAUAAAUGUUCUGAAGAAUGCUUGUAGAUAGCACAUUGAAGCUGUUUGUACUCCUGAUACAAACCAAUCUUACAUGUUGUGUUUGAUCACGCAUUAUAUGCCAGUCAGCAUAUAAGCAUGUUUCACCACAGAUGUGUGAAAUUUCAAAAUUUUGGUUUAGACUCACAGCACAGGAAUGUUGUGCUGCAAAGGAAAAUGCAAAAGAUCACACAGUUCCAGUUGGGGUUAAAUUGAAAUUGUAAAGUUUUGUGACAAAACUGAAUAGCCUGGACCAUAUACUUGGUCUUGAGUAGUGUGUGCCAAAAUGUAGGUUGAGGAUCCUUAAAAGAUCCCUGUUGAUUAAUUUACUGGUAGGGUAGUGCUGUGGGUUAAACCACAGAGCCUAGGACUUGCCGACCAGAAGGUCGGUGGUUCGAAUCCCCGCGACAGGGAGAGCUCCCGUUGCUUGGUCCCUGCUCCUGCCAACCUAGCAGUUCGAAAACACGUCAAAGUGCAAGUAGAUAAAUAGGUACCGCUCCGGCAGGAAGGUAAACGGUGUUUCCAUGCGCUACUCUGGUUCGCCAGAAGCGGCUUAGUCAUGCUAGCCACAUGACCUGGAAGCUGUACGCCGGCUCCCUCGGCUGCAACCCCAGUGUCGGCCACGACUGGAUGUAAUGGUCAGGGGUCCCUUUACCUUUAGGGACAAUACCUGGUGGAGAAGCAGCCACUUUUGUUCUCACCAGGACCAAGUGUGGCCAAAUAUGCUCAGCUUGGCAGCUGGCAAAUAGAUUGGGGGUAGGAUUAGAUAUUUCUGGAGCUCUUCUACUCAGACGAUGGGGGCAGGUUUGUUUCCUAAAAAUGAGGACAACCAGUUACACCAGGCUUUGCUUUCUCUGUCCUGCUAGUCAAAAACUCAUGCUUUGAGCAGCCACCUGGAGAGUGAGACUGGGCAACAUGAUUUAAGGCCUUGAAUAGUAAGAGAGCUUGCUGUAUUUGAGGCCUAUUCUUUGGAGUCUUUUCCUGGGACUUACCUAAUAACAUGCAUUUCUCUGUAGUGGCUGCGUGGACUUCCUUCCAGUCGGCAAAGUUUUAAUGUCAUAUUUGGUGAAUGUCCAUAUUGUAACAAGGUAAGGAAAGCAACGUAGUUGCUGGAUAAUUGGAACUGUUUCUGUAUGAGCUUAAGUUAGGGUUUCAAAAUACAACUGAAAUUGGCUUGUCUUCUUUUAGGAGACUUUGCUGCAAAGUUACUGUCGUGCACAUACUUAAAUCUCUCAGAUACCGGUGUCUCUUGAUACUUAGCGGGGGGGAAUUAUUCUUUGUAAUAAAUACCUUGGAAAGUACUGUAAGCAAAAUUCAAGUACUUUAUUGAUUUUUAAUUUUGUAACAACUCACCUUGCUUUGAAAAACCAUUCCAGCCAAUAACACUGAAAAUGUCUAUGAAGAAAGUCUGAAGUGGAAUUUCAGAAGCCUGUAACUAUGUAAAUGUACAGUCUUAAGAAUGCUAACACAUUAGACAUGAUAUCAAAGAAAAUACACAGAAAGCAGUAUUAAGAAGAAGAGGACAAUGAUGGUCAUCAUGUAUUGGUACAAUUCUUUACGAAGUCCAGACGCUUCAUGAAGUCCAGACUCCAAAGUGCUGCAUAUAGAAGAGCUAGUCGAAGUCUGAAAGCGUUGUGGUUGAAAGGCUUCAGAAUAUGUAACUCCAUUUCCUAUGAAUUUUUCCUCAAUUUGCCAGAAGGUGUUGCAGAUAGGUUGUGGCUCUCUACUUUUCUGAGAAGGAAGAAGAAAACAAAUCUAUCCAUAUCUUCAACAGAGAUCUGCAUGAGAACAAAUAUUUAAGCUCUGGUAUUUUCAUAAAUAUAUAUAAGUGACUUUUUUAUACAAUAAUAAUAAUAAUAAUAAUAAUAAACUCAUGGUGC